AUGAAAAUCUGCUUCGUCAAGUACCCGGGAAAAGCUACUCUGGUUAAACCGCCGGCCAUCGAAACUGCCGAACCGAAGGAGGAGUACCAAGAGGAGACGGAGGACAACGGAGACGAAGACGACGACGGUGACGACAGUAACAACGACAAAGUUAACGUCGUCAAUAUCGACGACAACAACAACGUCGACGACGUCGUUUGCAACGAACCGCUCCGCCGGACCAGCGACCAUAUGAAUUCGUACGAGGCGAGUUGGCAAGAGUGCCGGUUGAAGUGGUGUCUGCGUUCGCGGAGCAAAGACCGUGGAACGGCCGCCGGUUGGACCGAGGACGACGACGACGACAACUGUUGUUACGACGAAGGCGACGGCGGCGGAAGCAGUAGAGGUAGGACGGGCGCGAUGGUCGGUCGCAGGAACCCGUCGGAAAAAAGACAGGCGUGCAGCAGCGACAGCACGGGCAGCAGCCAGGAGGAACAGGACGCCGCGGCGCUGCAAGCGGCCUCGGCGUCUUCGCGCCGGCCAAAGGCCAAAGCGCUCAGUCGGGUGCAGAGCGUCCGACACGAGACUACCGCGCACCGGUACCGGACGCGGCAACGGGUGGCCGCGGAAAUGUUGGACGAACAACGGGCCGCCGCAGACGCGUCGGCCGCGGCGGCGCGCGAUCUCUGCCGAUCGUCCGCUGCCAAGAUCAAGAAGAGCCUGUCGUUCCGGAACCCGGCGCCCAAAAAGGUAGCCAUCACCGGCGGCGACCGUCUGCAGCUCCGGCCCGUCGCCGACGAAGACCGUCACCACGACAACAGCCGUCAACUGUACCAGCACAAUAAAAACCGCCACCACGACAACAACCACAAUCAUCACCACCACCAUCUUCACCAUCACGCGCAAUACCAGCACCACGACGACAGCCAACAACAACGGCUGCUGCAAAUGCCCGUGGCCGUGGCCGCGGUCGCUUCCGCGACAGCCGUCGCCGAUCCUUCGGUCGCGAUGACCGCUGCCGCCACCGCCGCCGCGGCAGUCGUCGACAACGGCGGCCAAGACAAUUUCGCCAUUCCUAGGCCCAAACUCAUAGUUCCUGUACACACGUAUGGUCUCAGAAAGCGCAGGACCGGCAACACGAUCUCAUCGAACCGGACCGCCAGCGACGUAAACGCCAGUUCCGCGUCCAGCACCGCCGCCUCCUCGUCCGGCAACUCGUCGAACACCGGCAGUGUCGACUCGAAAAAACACCACAACUCGUGUCCAGGUAAAAAUCCACAUCACCGUACUAAGUUUGCCCCUAAAAAGAGUAUUGUUUUUUUUUUUUUUUUAAUUUUUGUCCCUGACACUUUUAUAUAGGCGCCCUAUAGUUCUAAGCGUAUACUACAAACAUUACAACACGUUAAAAAACAAUCGAAUUAUCUGCGAACACGUAUAUUCGAACGGAAUAAUAAUUGAAUUAUUCUACACUCAGAUGGGAAACAAUAUGUGAAAAAAAAAAAAAAAGACGGACAUGCUCCGUAUGGUGGGCGGGCCACUGUUUGUGUAGGUGAGAAGUUGGGAAGGUAUAGUAUGUAGAGGGGAAUUUAAUUUGCGCGCAGCGAUAAACCGUCGUUAAGGAACAACGAUUCGGAUCGAAGUUAAUUUGUAUACAUAUACGUACGUUUUCCCGUUUUUCCCGAUUAAUAUGAAAACCUCGUGGAAAAUCAAAACUUCCCAAAGUAGUAACGCCCGGAUAAAAUUUCCUCUCGGGAAAUCGGAUCGAGAUUUCUGGUAGAAAAUUUGUUCGCGGAUAAAAACGAAUAAAAAAAAAAAAAUAUACUACAGAACAAACCGAUAACGUAUUGAAUUAAAACCCGCGGUUUGUACACCGAACCGCAUAAACAUUAAUUAUUGUCAAUACGCGUCAAAGGUUAUCGGAGAAAAUACGGGUUUCCCCCCCCCCCCCCGAGAGAGCUGAAACAAUCGCUGCAGAUUGAUCUUCGACCGUCGAGCACUUCAUAUACCGUAGUUUCAUCCUACGGUUGCGACGUUGUGCGGGAUUAAUAAAUCCCGAUCGAAACGGAUAAAAACGCGUGUGCAUAUACGAACGCGACGUGAAUUUCCGAGGGGGUAUGCCCAAAGCGGAUCUGGGAAGUCAUUCACGCCCGGGAAAAAAAUGCACGAAAACGCGUUCAACGAACUUCUUUUUCCUCUUUAUUUUCGUGGCUCGUUGAACUCACUUCUGUAUAAUAUUUAUGUGGCGCAGUUUUUUUCAAAUUCUAUUCCCAACAAGAGACUGACUCGUAAUCGUGCCCGUAUAACUCGCGGUUUACGUGUGCCAUAGUAACGUCAUGCCGCUCCCGGCGCAGGUCACUCUCCUGUAACAAACGCCGACUCUUUUCUUCGGAUUUCCCCCGGCAAACCGGCCGUUUGGAAUAUUUUGGUAAAAAGCGAACCCCCACCCGUUUGAGAAAUACUUACACUCACCUCCUUGGCGCUUACAUUGUACGGCAUGGCGGUUUUCGCGCCGGCGGAUAUUUCACAACGUGGUGUUGUUCCGGCGCGGCGCGCGUGCGGAAAACCGCUUUUUCCGCGCGCGCAAUUAUACGUUUCGACGCGGUGCCGGCGCGACGCGUGUUUCGACACGUUUCUAUUUUUCUUCUAAUUUUCGUCCCGGAUUCGUGUCACAGGUACAACAGACGGAACGGGGGCGAUUAUUACCCAGUUUAACGAGUGUAUAUUGCGUGUGUGGUUUUUUUUCCUACGCGGUGUUUAACACACGCCGAAACGAAAUUGAGCAAUUCCCGCGUUUGCCGUGUACGCGGACGGGCUCGCGACAUUUCCCGCGUAUCGCGGGAAAUUAUUGCUAUCUGUAUCUCGGGGAAAGAAGAAAAAAAAAAGAAAAAAAGGUACAUAACCGUUGCCGCGAUCGAUUUUUUCCGCGGCGUACCCUGUUGUUGUGGACGUACGGUCACAACACGCGCGUAGGUACGUACUUACAGACGAACCGAAAGUAUUCGGUCGAUUCGAAAUUCUCGCGCGCGCGCGACGCCGCGUCUCUCCGUUAUCGACUUGUCCGCGCGCGGUUUCCGAUGUCGUGUAUUGCGAACGGUCGAGAGGACGCGCGGCCGCCGUGUGAUAACCCGCGCGUGCCUUCUCUCGCAAUCGCGCGCGCACGACACGCGUCGAGCGACGACAGAUCAGUUCUGCGAUUGUUUGAACAAACCUAAUGUAUACCUGAUUGAAAUGUAGUGGACGCUGGCCGGUUGGUUCGGGUCAUUAUUUGCAAGCAGCGUUCACGGCCGCGGGUCCUUAGGGAAAGCAUUAUGAGGUUCGCGGCGAAAACAAAAACAAACACCGUAAUGACGGGAAAAAAUGACGUUUGAUUGUCUUGUCCGUCUUACGACGAGAACGCGUGACGGGCUCACAUUCGGAGUGUCCGUAAAGCACCAGUGAGGGAGGUCGAUGGGUACGUGAAUGAAAAGAGUAAUAAAAUAAAGUCGAGGAACGUUACUUCGGGGCGCGGCCGUUUUCCGCCUAAAACGAAAACGGUCCGACGAUUCCCGGUCCCGUCAGACAUCGUUUGGGAACCGUUGCGCCCAGAGUCACCUAACCAUACAGUAGUAAUGAUUCGUUACGGUCGACGAGUCAUUAGUGAAACGAGAUUAAAUUAGUUCUUUAAAAAAAAAAAAAAAUAUCGUGAUAUCCGUUAAACAACAUUUCGAAAGGCCGUGCUAAAAUUAAUAUCUAAUACAAGUAACGAUGAUACAAGUCGUCGCGUUCGAUAAUUAUUAUCACUAGUACAUAGGGGAAAAAUUGAAAGAAAAAAAAAAUCCGUAUAGAUGAACGAAACGAGACGCGUCCUACCGGUGUGUAAUUUCAUUGCGGGUGGAGGCUUUUUUUUUUUUUUUGUUGGUAAUUGCUUCUUCUUUUUAUCUUUUUUGUUCCAUAUAUUAUUAUUAAACUAUCGACUUAACGACAUUGAACUGUCACAGUACGGUACAUUAUACCGAUAAAAAUCAAAACCAAACUGGUAUCCAAAACCUUUUGGUUUCUGUUUUUCCGGCGGGGCACGGGAAUCGGCAGUGCUACUCCAAAAACGGUUGUAGGUAAGGAGGAUGCGAACAUUUUUUUUUUUCUACAAAUUUACUAUUCGACGUGUAUCGACGUGCAAACGACGGCCGGUAUAACGACGGAUAAUCACGGCGAUGAGGAGCCAUCCGUGGGUGCCGCGCGACAAUAUAUUCGAUUCGUCGACGGCACGGGUGACCGCGCGUUACCCGACGUGUCAUAAUUAACCUUCAAAACGGCGAAACUAACAAACGUAAAUACGUGCGCGCCUCUAUUAUUUCAGUCGGUUUUUUCUCCCUCCCCCCCAACCCCGGUAUAUAGGUAUACCGGGUGUGUUAAAAAAAUUAAUAAUAAAACCCGUAUUGUUACGCAACAACAACGCGGUUUUUAUUUCGUUUGCGAUACGGUGUACCGUAUAACGCGUAUACUUGUCGGCCGUAUACAUACGUAUAUAAGAACAAUCGAUAGAAAAAUCGCAUUUUUUUUUUCUCUCUAAUGUCGGGUGGCACGCACUUCAAUAAUAUUGUGCCGUAACGUUCCCCUCGGUUUUCCGGUUCGCGAAAGCCAAUGAAACACUCCGGCGGCCAGGAUUCAGGCGUGCCCCCAAAACGACGAGAAAAAACGUCCGAGAAACAGUUUUCCUCGUAGCACACUGUUUUCCGUCUGCCACUACACCGGUGUAACGCUGCACGCGGCGGUCGGCGACGAGAACGCAACACUCCGCCGGUGUACGGCCAGCAGCCAUUACAAUACGGAGCGGACCGCGAUGGUCGUGUUGUCGCGUUGUCCCGAUACAAUAAUAUCGUUCGGUUCGAUAACGGUUAUCUACACGCGUCAAUGUACAACCACUGAUAACGUACAAUAAACAUUCCGAUGUACAAUAUCAUAUUGUGUACUUAUCGAAUACAAUCCACACCAUCCAAUCGACGUGUUUAUGCGUAAUAAAUUGUCCGCUCCUGUAGAUAAGAUUACGCCGUACCCGCCGUAUUCAAUUAGCGUCGUCUACGCGAGAUAAUAAUAAUAAAAACGAUACCGUCAUUACACAGUCUCGAAAGAUCACACUCCGUCUACUACCGUGUCUCGUUCUCCGCUCUGACGGCAUAGUGAGAUCACGUGAAUCGCGACGCGUUCGGGUUGAAAUCGCGGUUGAAAAAUACGAAAUACGAAACGAUUUGAAGAGGAGAACAUUUCCGAGGGUUAUACGUAAAUUUCCCACUUACCCCUUUCCCGGAAAAAAAAAACAAUAAUAAUAACGAUAAUAACAUUACGAACGAGCCGUCGUAUAAUAUGUGUUUUACUUUUCUUCUUUUUUUUUUUUGUCUUUUUUUUAAACAGCCUUGGCGUCCUCUUAAUCUGCGGUGACGCCGCCCCCGUUUCUCGAUCGUCGAAAGAAAAACGUGCUUUGUUUAACGAUGAAAAUAACAAAAAAAAAAAAAAAAAAAAAAAAAAAAAAAUCCGAAAGGAUUUAUAAUAUUUAUUUUUUUACUCGCGCUAGAAACAUUGAAUAUAUUUACGCACACAAACGUAAUUUUAACGCGUGGCCGUAAACGAAACCCGUCUAAUUGUGUUUCGCGCGAUAUGCGAAAAUUAAAACGUGUGCGCACGUACGUAUUUUCGCAGUUAUCGACGAACUGUAAUUGAUGUGCAUCGUCGAAAAUUACGCGCUUCGAGGUGAAUUUCGUUUGUAUACUUUCGCUCGGCCGGGGAAAAAAAAAAAAAAAAAAAAAACCCGAGCAUUCUAGAAAAAUUAAUAUAAAAAGUGUAACCAUAAUCGAUCCGUACAUGUUGGGAGCCGGGGGAGGGGCGGAGGGUACACGCAUAGCAAGCAAUGCAAUAAUGCCAAUUGGGUCGGAAUAUUUUCGUUUCUCUCGCGCGCGGUGCGCGAUGACGAACGCUGACCAUAAAAAAACCGCGGCAGUAACGACAGCGACGACAUCGUGUGUAACGGGCGUACUAAUAUUUUACAAACAAUACCGCAGUCGAGUUCCUGUACGCAGCAAUAUGCGUUUUCGGUGAAAUCGUCUUCUUUUUUUUUUUUUUAAAAUUGUCGCUCCAAAAAAGAAAAAAAACGCGGCUCAAUUUCUUUUUUUUUUUUACAUUCGUUCGCGGGUUUCCGCACGAAUCGUGUUACAUUAAUUACUGUUACGUUUUAACUUUGACGCGUCGGGCACCGCGCACGGAGAACGUCGCAGACUUUUCGCUGUGCAUAAAUAAAAUCGUUAGAACGUUUUGCGAUUGCGCCUUUCUUUUAGAAGCCUCGCUCGGAUUUACUAUCGUAAGACGUUUGCCCAAAGGAAAUCCGACUGGGUCGGUACUUUAGGGAGGUCAGUUUUUUCGAUUUCCUCAAGAGUUUUCCCGAUAAAUGGGUUAAAAACCGCUGCGGGAAAACGUAUGAAAACCGGGAAAAUAAGAACAAUAUUAUGACGUAUACGUUUUUGACAAAGCAACACUAUCGACCGAACUCCGCUCAGGAUCGUUUUUUCGUUAGCAAUGGUUAACGUUGCUUACAGAUAAACCCUACAUUCCCAACUUCCCACCUACAACAGUGGCUGCACCCGUCCCCAUUUAUCCUAGGACGGCUUAUUCACGUUUUGUGUUUGUAAGCGAUUUUUCUACCUGGAAAUAUCUCACUCCAGUCAACAAUUUUGUAGAAACUUACUCGUAGCGUUUUCGAUCCGAUCGGUAUGUGGAAGAGGUCAUUUCUUUAAAUUUUUCUUCUGGUUUUCGUUAUAAAUGCGAAAACAGUGGCGAUUUUUCGUCGAUUUCUGGGUUAUCUCAUUGGCAACAAGGAAACGAAUACGAAUACUCUCUGCUCGAAAUCGUUUUUCGUUAGCGACCUUCCAUCGUCGCGUACAACAGGUGUAAUUAAAUUACACUGUAUGAAUCCGUUCUCCUUCCGACUCUCCGCCUAAAACAACGGCACGCCCGUUAGCGGUCUUUUUCGAAUACGGGAAUUUUACAAUUUUUUUUGAAAAUAUUUUGAAAAUACAAGUAAUAUUGUUAAUUAAAACUAAUCUAAUAGAAAAUAGAAAAAAAAAAAACAAUGAAAAUGAAAAUGUAAUCACAUAAAAUGCCCGGGCGUGUAAUCGCAAGAAUCGUUUGCGCUAUUAACACGGCCGAACAUUUUGCCGAUGUACACGAUGUACACGGACGUUAAUAAAUUGUCGGUCCCGGUCCGGUGAUAGCAAUAACCGUCUAAUUGGGUACGUUUUUAGUUGUAUAUACUCAUUGCAUAUAGCAGUAAUGCGCCGGGUUUGACCGAAAAAGGUCGAUGCACUACACAACACCCCGGUAAAAAAAAAAAAAAAAGCCGUCGUUAAUACCGCCUUGACACGCGGUGCGCGGGUAUUAACAACCGAACACGACGGCGAUUAUAGCGGAUUUAAAGAUCUAAACCAGUUUCGGGUAGGUAUUAUAGUUACUAAACACUGGUAGGCCACAAAAUUUACGAUGGCAAUACAAAACGAAUAAUAAAAAAAAAAAAAAAAACCAGGCGCUGAAUUUUUUUUUUUUUAUUCUUAUAUCACAUCAGUUCUAUCCUAUUUAUUUGAACGCUGUUAUCGUAAUUUAUUUUUUACUUCUUAUCACUAUGUCCUAUACCUAUAUAUAUAUAUAUAUAGUAAUAUAUUUCGUGUAGAACAAUAGAAAUCGUCACUUUGAUUAAGUUCGAACGUUAAAAAUAAAGCCUGGCCACCAGCCCAUUUAUUGUCUUAACGACGCAAUGCCAUUGUGUGAUCAGCAGUAAUAAUAAUAAUCGACGCCAUUUGAAAUUUAGGUUCCUUGCAAUAUAAUAGCGAAAACCUAUUAAUGUUUUAUGGAGAUUGUGAUUUUUUUUAACUAAAAUUAAUGGUCCAAAUACUUUCGCAUCGUACCUUGAAAAUAAAAAUCAGAACUUUUCACCCUGUGGCGUUUUACAAUAUUAUUCUAGAUUCCCGACAGUUUAUAUGAAUAAAAAUCGAGACAGCAAAUUGAACGAAGCCGUCGUUUUUAUAUCGGUUUUUUUCGUUAAAUUCUGGUUACAAAAAAACACGACUCCGCUCCUCAGAAUCGUUUUUUUAUUAUUAUUAUUAUUAUUUUUUUUUUUGUAUCACAAUGAUUUAUCGUUACUUUCAGUUUAUUAUGCACCAUACGGUUAUGAUAUAUUAUAAUAACCAACACCUUUUCAGCUUCCCACUUACAACGGUGACCCACGGAACCACCUACGCCGCUACGGCACGAUGUCUGGAUUUUUUUUUUGUUUCAACGCAAAAUCGAUUCGUAUUUUCUCGACACGGCAUUAUUACGACUGUUAAAACCGUCCAUAACCGCGUCGUCGUAAUAUUAGGCGCACCGCGUUCUUCAAUAACGUCGUCAAUAUUAUGUUGUAUAAUCGAACUGAAACGAAAAUUGACCGUUUUAGCGUUUCGUUAUUGUCACGGAUGUAUGGAUUUAUCGAGAAAUCGGGAUAUUUAUUAUAUCACUGUAGGAUAACCGUUUACUAAUGGCCGGUCUGCGAUACGAACCGUAAUAUUAUUCUCCAAAAAAAAAAAAAAAAUAAUUAGUUUAUAGGAGUUUCGUAUAUAUUCCGAUAGUCGAUAAGUGAUAUCACGACAAUAUCUUAUUAUUUUUUUUUCCCCUUGCGUUCGGCACCGGUUAACGACGAAAUUAUUGUUAUGUACCGGUCGUCGUUUUCUGACCACUGCACAGGGUUUGUCCACGCGAUCGAACGACCGUUUUGUGUUGACCUAGCGGAAAAGGGCGGGUUCUACGUGGGUUUUUUCGGGUAGACAACAAAAUGACGGUUUCGGUAUUUCCGUAGUCGGUAUUUGGACUACAUUAUUACACAAAUAUAAGUAAAACCGUUUCGAAAAUAUUAUUAUUAUCGAGCGUGUCGGAUGGACCGCGUAUAUUUUUAACGUUCAGACAUUCGGGUCAAGCCGAACGGUGAAAUAUGAUUCGGUUUUUUCGCGUCGAUUAAAAAGUGAAACUCGACGACGGUAGGAGGAAGAGGCGAAGUUUAAUCGCCCGUCGUUAUAAUCGCUACACGAUACGGUGACUUUGGAAAUGAUCGAAACCCUAAGAUUCGCCAUGCGGAGUAAGCAUCUACAUAGUCGUGCAUAUUAAGUGUUAUCGCUUUCAAUUCGGCUACAGCCGAGGGAAAUCGGAUUUUUUAGGCGUUUUUUCCACCGCGGCUGUGUUAACAAAACAACAAUAUUUGUUCGGGAAGAAAAAAACGAACCGUGCACCGAAUAAAAACUAAACAUCGCGGUCGGGUCGAAUCGUAUCGCUCCGUGCCGCUGAAAAACGUUCAGCGCGCGAUUAUUUGUAUUUUCACUCUCCUCGCUGCGGGCAAUUUCCGUUCCCGUUUCGCGUCGCCUAAAUCGCUGCGCGCCAAUACGAUUGCGUUGCGCGUUUUACAGAUUUACUAAGGGAUUUUCGCGGACACGAGUCGUGCCGGCUGUUGCGUUUGCAACGGUUCCGGGACCGAAAACUUAACGUUCCGAUAAACGCGCCACCGCUCUGAACCCCGCCGUCCACAGAAGACGAGGCUGCGUCGGUCGUCCGCUCGCCGAGGCCAGCAACGUUUUUCAGUGCCGACGCUACCCGAGACCGUCCCGCAGAUUAUACCGGACACCAAUGAUUGAGGUUAUGUUACGACUCAACAACGAACAAACACUCGCGUACCAGCGGUUGUUCAAUAGCUAAACGAGUGUUUAACCCUCGGCGAGUACGUUCCGAGCUAAAUCUGCCUCGAUAAACGACCGAUCGUUUAACAACGCCGCAUGCGGGCGAGGUUCGUCGGAUCAUUUAAAUUGUCACCGUCGAAAUCGAUUAUUUUCUUUCUUUCUUUUUUUUUUCUUUUUUUUUUUUCCCCCAUGAAAUAUCGCGGUUUAUAUAGGGUACAUACGUGCGCGUCGUUUAGGACGGUGUUUAUUUAGGCUUCUUAUGCGGUAUUUAGAUCACGUAUAGUUUUGGAGCCCGGAUUUUUAGACGAUAUUAUUUUGUGUUAUAAAACGGAGAUAUGAAUAAAAAUAAAAAAAUAAAAUAAAACCGUUUUCCGUACGUCGAUGGGUCACCGCAUUGUGGGCAGGAUUAUCACGGACGUUUCGGAUUUGUCAACUGUGCGGCGGCGUGCACACGAUGAAAGUGCAUUUUUUCGGAGUUUCGAAUGACUCAUAAUAUUGUGUACAACACGUAUAACGCGUGUGCGUAUGUGGUUUAUGAGCCCAAUAGUAUAACAACUGUAUUAUAAUAUUUAUAGUAGUGUAUCGACUGUGUUGUUGCUCGUCGAGGUUUUCACUCGUAUUAUUUGUGUGUGUGUUGCGGGUUUCCGAUUGUUCGAUUUUUUUUAUUUCUGCCUACCCGAAACCGUGUUUCCUUCGGGAAAAAAUAUUUUCGAUUUUAUUGCGAAUAUCGACAAAUAUAGGUGAAUAUAGGAAAAAACUCGCCGCGUGUGUAUGGCUGCGUGACUAAUUUUGUGCGCCGACUACAAGUAAGGCCGUUCGUGGUGUCAUUAGAAAGUGUUUUAACCUUGAUCUCUCUAUCCGUCGUCGUCACCCGCACCUGCAAUAAUAUAUGCGCCACUACACUGCGAAAUCUCCCAACAGUUGGACAAACGCCGCAUAUAAGUCUACCUACCUACCUAUUAUCAUCAUUGGUAUUAUUUAUCUCGCCGUUCGAUUUCGGUGUUACUUUGGCCUCUGGUCUUCCGUCUGGAUAUUAUAUACAUUAGAUUCUGAGCGUAGAUCAACGAGAACUUGUAUUGGUUAUAUUGGUUUUUUUUUUUUAACCAUCGCACCCGGAUUUUUUGUUUAACAAAUUUUCUACUGGAAAUCUCGCUCUGAUCGAUAAUUGUGUAAGCGCUUUGGUCGGUGCAUAUUGGGCAUGUCGUUUAUCGAUUUCCCUCGGGCAUAGAGUUUUCUAAAUAAACGGGUAAAAAACUGCAGGCAAAUUGUUUGUACGAUUUUUGUCGAUUUUCCUGUAUUUAUUCAUCGAUACCUCGGCAGUAUGGCGUUAUAAUUCAAUCGCUAUUUGUCUUUAGAAAAAAUAAAACAAGUAAUUUUUCUCACUUUUUAUUUAAUUUUUAAUUUUCCUUGUCGAAUAUAACCCCCGAAGAAAAACGUUCCGGUCAAUUGACUGGCAUACCGUUAAACGAAUGAAUUGUUUUUUUUUAUUUUUGUUUUUGUGGUCGAAAACGGUUGUUCGUGCGACCAGCGGCUGCUGUCAUCCGACGUUAUUUAUAUUUAUUCUGAUAGCACGUCGGUGUCGACAAUAUCAUAUAAUAAUACGCGUUUAUUUUAAUUAAAAGACAUCGGUAUACCUAAUUGAAUAAGUAUUUAUAAGUGGCGUUUCUACGGGGUUUUUUACGUGUCGUGUUUUUUUUUAUCCGCGAUGAUCACCGACGCUCCGUCGUAUUAUACGUGUCAACUGCCAACUGCGCGGACUUCCAUUUAUAACGCGAAGACGUUUUACGCUCAUUAGAAUAACUUUUUUAAAAACAAUUCUGCCACUAAAAAUGACCACUAGUUGAUAGUCCGUGUGUUCUGAAAUUCGUAUUAUGCGAUUAUGUGGCGUGGUUUCUUUUUAAAUCGCUAAACCCCGACGACAUGACCUUAUCACUCAUCGCCGCGGUCGGGGCGUCGCUUAUUAUUUUUGUAUUUAGUAAAAAAACCAAUGACGGUACCGUCACAAACUCCGAAACUAACGCCCCUUCGAUAUCGGUGGGUGCCGUCACUGAUAAAAUGAAAUGUCUUCUGUUCUCAACAGCUUGACGCAGUCCCUGCUGUAGUGCUAUUAUACGGACCUCCCUUCGGUCCCUGCCAUAUUACGGGGCAUCCUAUACUUGUACAUUUUCACGGAUCGUCCCGUUCGCGGGGGCCCUCGUUAACCGGAGUCUUUUGCACGUAAUUUUCGAUUCCGGUUCUAUUGUUUUUCCAUCUGUUCUCCGGACGUACGCAAUUCGAUUUCAAAUCGGAAUCCGUACAAUAACGCGGCACUUGUAUAGUUGAAUGUUAUCAGAAAUAAUAUGCGGUUUUUAUACUUACUGCAUACGAAUACAUUUGUGUAAUAUUUUUUAAUAGGUUUGUAUUCGCGUUGCAGUAACACCGCACGACGCGAUAUUACAUUGCCAUACGAUACUUAACCAUACAUACGAUGUCCUUGGAACUCUUCGCGUUAUUAUUUCGAUUUUAAUGUAUUUUUUUUUUUUUAUCCAAGGGCUUUUGGCUCAUCUAUCCAUAUCAUGUAUACUUUCGGUCGUCUCCUCGCUCGUCUCGUCUCUCCGUAGCCGGUACACUGUCAUUGUCCUUAACGCCCUUGUGACGCGGAUGCCUCAUCUCCGCGAAUGGCGUCAUCGCAUAUCGUCACUGUGAGCGCGCGCAACACGCGGAUAUACGAGUACAUCGUACCUAUAGGUACGGUAAUUAUUGUUAACCCUGUACAAUUCCUCGGGGUUAUUUUUAUUUAUUUUUUUUUUUUUUUUUGGUGCUUUUCCAAUAUUAAAUAUUUUUAAAAAAAAACUCGCGUACUGUCGGUUCGGUUUUUUUUUUUUUUUUAAAUAUUUAUAAUAUACAUAUACAUAUAUAUAUGUAUGCCCGGUCCGUAAUGAACAUCUCGGCGAUAACUCGGCGACCGGUCGAUUAGUUUCGUGAUUGUUACGUACUUUACGGCGCGCGUAUACGCAUACGUUGACGAUAAUUAGUCGUACAUUGUACACGCCACAGUACCGUACGUUGUUCUCGUGUAGAUUUAAAUCGCCAGUUACGUGAUGACAAAACGUAUCCUGUGCAUGUGUGCCGUUGUCGUCCGUCUCACCUCCCGCCCUCCCGCCCGCCGUCUGUGUGCGCGCGUUUUCGCUCUCUCUUCUUUUCACCUACACGCAUAACGCAAUUUAUAUUAUAUGCGUACGGGUGCACGAGUGACAUUGUGCUGCACAGGCUGCGAUAUCGUUUAUCGACGUUCGAAUGUGUAAUAUUAUAUGUUGUUACCGUAUACAGUUUUCCGGAGUGAAAUUGUUUCGAACGCGAAAUGCACCGCGCCGCGUGCGUAUACGCGGUAUUGCGUUUGUCGCGUGUUAUUGUAUUAUAUUUCUCCGUCUAACCCCCCCCCCCCCCCCCCCCCCCCCCCCCCCCCCNCCCCCCCCCGUCCCCCAUCUCCCUCCCCGGUUUUUGUGCGGAAAAAAAAAUAAAUAAAUACGAAUUAAAAAAAAAAACAUUAUUCGCUACACGUCUCAUCGUCCGCGAGAAUCGUCGAUACACAUAAUAUUGUUCAUUUAGAUUCGUUUUAGAUUUAUUAUUAUUAUUUAUUUUAUUUUUUUAUAGAUUUCUCUCUCGGUAUAGCGUCGUGCAUUAUAUUACACUUAAUACUUACUUACCUUUACGUACAUGUACGAGUAUACGUAUUAUAUGUUUUAUUGAAAACAAUAAUUGAGUUUGUCGCAAACGUGUUCUCGUCCGUUUUGUAAAAGAAACCGCAAUCGUAAAAUCCACAACACGGAUGAGUUGUAUACAAACUCAUUUAGAUUCGUUUUAGAUUUAUUAUUAUUAUUUUUUUUUUUUUUUUUUUUUUUAUAUCGGUUCCGAUUACGCGACGCCGCGGUCAACCGAACGGACUUUCUAAAUCGGAAAUCACGACGUCCCGUUGUCGGCAGAAAAACGAAUCGGACUUUGGCGAUUGCUCGGCGUUCUCGCGCCGCGGACCGUUGUAAUUCCCCGCGAACGUGCGAUUUCCGUACUCACGAAUUGUUCACUCCGCGUUUUCAGCAUUCGAAACAGCGGGACCGUUGACUAUAGUUCAGAGACCGGACCGAACCGUAGUGUCCAGCACUGACGGGGGGAGGCACGCGCCCCUAUCCUGGAUACGUCGCUGUACACGAACGCCGUGGUCCGUAAAACGUAUUACGCAGUCGUUGCAGAUGUGCGUGUUACACGGUUUUCGGCUGUAAGCAAAACGGCGUUCAUAGAAAUCCGCGCGUUUUGUUGCGUAUUGGGGGGGGGUUGACGUUCGAAACGGAAAUUGUGCAAUAUUAUUGUUAUAUAUCGCGAUUACAUACCGAUUUGCGAUAAAACGCGCGGUUCGCAUGGGCAACGGUGUGGACGAACGGUUCCGUUGGUUUUCGGUCCGGAGCGCGAAUAUUCGAAACCGACGCCGGCGGCGUGCGAGCGGCGGAGAGUAAAUUAUUAAUAAACGGCAUCCGCUCGGAGUUCCUGACCGAAAAAUGUAGAAAAAAAAAAAAAAACGUAUAAAAAAUAUUCGCCAUUAUGGUAAUACGCGUUACUCCUAUGCUGUUGUUGUUGUUGGUACUAGUCGCACAGCACAAUAAUAUUUAUCGUGUGCAGUAACGGUAUAUCGUAAGAUAAUGCGUGUAUAUUUACAUAUUGUAACAAUUUUUAAGUGAAAAAAAAAAUAUAAAACAGAACACAUUUCGCGAGUAAUUGCCGUUACGAAUUAUGAUUUUUUUUAUUUUUUUUUUUUUAUACGAAAUACAACUAAAACCGUAUUAAAAAUAAUAUAAUACGCGGUAUAUAUUUCGGGUGUUAUUUUUACUAUAUCUUAUGAUAAACAAUAUAUUAAUAUGUAUUAUUUUUUAACGCGAUAAAAACCGGUAACAGAUUCCCGUUUCUGUCGGUAUGCGCGUAUGAAAUAUGUAUAAUAUGAUGAUGGUGAUGAUGAUGAUGAUGAUGAUGAUAAUGCGCGUAAUAUACGAGUUUAAUGUACGAGUUCCGACCGAGUGCGAUUUAUUAUUAUUAUUAUUUUUUUUUUUUUUUUAAAUAAUUUUAUACCGCUCGCGUUUCGGCCGAGAUUAUCCCGGAUCGACAGUGCGCCGUUUUGCGGAACAGUAGUGAUGAUGAAAAAAAAAAAAAAAUGUAAAAAAAAAAAGCAAAGCGAAAACGUCGAAAAGUCCCACGCCGUUGACCGGUUGAAAAACUGUCCGCGACCGUUCGACAAAACCGAAAGCGCGUGUUGGGUUUUCGUGCCGCGCCGAGACCAUUUGCUUUCGGCGUUCGGUUUCGCCACGAUAUUAUACCGUCCAUUGUUAUUAUCAUAAUGCAAUAUUAUCGUAACGCGGUGUAAACAGAGUAUUAUCGUACAAAAAAGUUGAAAAAAAAAAAAUACAUGUAUAUACUAUACAUAUUAAAAUAAAGACACCGCGCGUCGACUCGCCGCGCAUAACCUAAAUAACUUUCGAGGAUUGCGAGCAUGUAAUACAUAUGAACGGGAAUAUUUACAUUUUAAACGAAAUUAUAUUUUUAAAAACGUGCCGUCGCGUCAUAAUAAUAUUAUAAUAUUAUUGUUUUGUUGAACGCUGCAAAACGGAUUUUUAAUAUUAUGAUUUUUUACGAUCAAGUUGUUUUAGUAUUAUUAUUAUUAGGUACUUUUCAUUCGCUUUUUGCUCGUGUGUAUAACAUACGAAACCACGGUGCCCGGCUCCCGUAUACGGUUGCCAAAAAUGUGCAAUUUCACUUUAGUGAAAUGCGCUGCGGUAACAUUGCAGUGUAUUAUUUUGUUUAAUAAUAAUAGAAUAAUAUCAUCGGUCCGAGGUCCCGGGGGGAAGACUCGAGUGAAUUUCUAUGUACGAGCGAAUUACAUUUUUUUUUUUUUUUUUUUUUGAGAAUCUCCGAACUACGAGCGACUAAACGGCCAAAACGUCGCUUUGCAAAGUAAAUGUGACUCGCGUAUGUUAUCACCGACAACACGUACGCCGGCGUCGUGGGAAAACGUUUCGGUUUUCGGUGUACGCGAGAAUCGCACGUCGAGAACCUUAACGCGAACUGCGUAGAACUCGCUUGAUUUUGAUUUUAGAGUAAAAGCACCCGAAAUACUGAAAGAAGACGAUAUUUCGGAGGGCAAUACGUUGCGUUUUUUCUUUUUUUGAAAUGCUACGUCCGUUCAAAAACGAUUUUCGUUUCUGAACGACGUAUUGAACGUUUUAUCUCCUUUUUUAACUCGCAUGCGCGUCCUGUUUAAUUCGGGAACACUACUGCUGCGGUCGGUCAACGCGAUCGGACGAAUCGUACGUAUAUUAUUGUUGUAAUAUUUUUCGACUAGUAAUUAUUAACACAGUCGUUUAUAACCGUGGCCUUUCGACGUCGUUAUCUGAAACUACUGUCGUACAUACAUUCGUGAGUCGCCCUGUAUAUUUUGUACGUAUAUGUACGUAAUAACAUUAUAAUACGAGACCUUUGACGCCGUACUCGUUAUCUAUACAGAGGGGAGGGGGCAUCGCGAUGCCCCUCUCCCGUUUCUCUUCUGUAAACGUUUUCUUUAAUUUUUUACAAAACGCGUUUGUAGGUUAGAUUAACAAUGUAUUUAAUUUCACGUCUGCGGUGUUUAUCGUAUUGUAUUGAUUGUGCGGUUAAUUACCCGAAAUAUCGCUAUUAUAUGCGUAGUAUAUAUUAUAAUGAUAUUGUCGAAUUUCUUCAGGGGUGCCUAAACGAAAAGAAUAAUAACGGCGUGUUCGAGAUAUCGGAUUGUGUUUCGAAAAUCGUAAUACUAAAACUCGGAAAUGUUCGUAUUUAACUUGCUACCGCCUCCUACUCUCCGUUUUAUCGUAUUAUCUAUAGGAUGGCCGUUCUUACAAUGCCCUGUAAAGUGAUUGCGUUAGCGCCGCCCGCGUUCAAUGUGCGUUUCUUUUCCGUUUGUUAAAAUCCUGAAACGUAAUCGGUGUUUGUUUUUUUUCCCAUAUCAAAAACGGAGACGGGACACGUUAAAUUCCCAGUUAGGUACACUUACAGGUAGCUGUUUUUUUUCUUUUAUUAUGGUAUCGUGUCCCGUGUACUAAUUUUUGUUCGACGCGAGUGUUGUUAUUUACCGCGAGAUAAAAUAUGUCGUCGGUGUUUACCUUGCUUUAUAUUAUAAUUAUAAUUAACGGCUGCUGACAUCGUGACGAUUUUUUUUUUUUUAGUCGGACAAUUGUUUAUAAAUAUGUAUGCUGUAUAAUAUUGCAGAGUGUAUUUUAAAUUCUGACUAAACAGUGUGGAGAUACGAAGUUACAACGAUAAUCGCAGUGAUGAUUAAAAAAAAAAAAAAUACUGUUUUCUGUAGAAAUUUUCCAAAAUGGCAUCCGUCGCUUAUAACAUUAUAAUAAUAAUAUUAUACUGAGAUUUUUUUUUUUUUUUUUUUUACUAUUAUUUAUAUUGCGCUUGAUAAGUAACUCAGUACUAAUUGUACUUCGUUAAAAAAAAAAAAAAAUUAUAUUUUUUAGUCGGUAUAUACAUAAUGUUUCAGUGCUAUUAUUAUUAUUUUUUAUUCUUAUCAGCUUGUCUAUCACAAUAUCGAUUAGAAAAGCGAAUGUAUAAAAUAUCGCAUCCUUGAAUUCGAAUCAUAAUAAAUGAUUCUUGUAAAUUGUAAAAUUAUCCAUGCGCAAUGAUAAAUAGAUUUCCUACAAGCGUUUUCUGGAACCUUGUAAACAUAUUAUUAUUGGAUGCAUAACUAACGAAUCUACAAUAUUUUAGUUUAUAUAGUUCCACUCGUAAUUUAAAAUACCUAUAGUUACCUAUGACGUCUUCGGUCCCAGGAAAUAGGGGCUCAAGUCAAAUUUUGUACUUCUUUUUUUGAAAUAUAAUUUUCCCUUGUGCACCUACCUUAUAUUUUGUUUCUCUCCAUUAGUUCGGUAUAAACGGGAUAAACGUACGUAUUUUGAAAAUCGAAUUCGCUCGAAAACUAUUAACAUUGUCCCCUAAUUGGGACCAAAGAUGUUUUGCUUGGUUAAAUUUCCAAUGUAGUUUUCGUUGAACCGUAUUUACUACCUAAUUUUCAAUAAAUAGCUAUAGUAAAUGCGCGUAAAAAGUACGAUCAUAGACAACAGCAAAAAAACCAACUAAAAUUAACAUACGUUUGUAAUUUUUUAUUGUAUUAUGUAUUCAUAUAAGAAUAUUGUAUAAGUUCUCGGCGUCCGACAUAUCGAUUCGUUUUGUACGGAUCUUCUGGUCGUGUGAACUCUUCGUAUUAUUCUUCUAUAGAUAAUAAUAAUAAUAAUAAUAUACGUAAUGUACUCGAUAAUAUCAAAACGAUCGAAUUAUCGCGAUUCGCUAAAUAAUUCCGCGCAAAAACGAUAUAAUAUUACGAUUCUAUGUACACGCAAUAUUAUGACCGUUUGUUUGCUUCACAAUAUUCACGAAUAACGUUUAUAGGUUUAUAACGCCGGUUAUAUACCUACAAUAAAACAUCAUGCGCGAUGGAAUAUUUUAUGAUUUUUUUUUUAUUUUUUUUUUUUUAUUGCAUAUACGUAUUCGCCCACCAGUUUGUGGGUUUGCACGUUUUUGCCCUAUGCCCUCCCCUAUGUACCUAUGCAUAAUAUACAUAAUAUUGAUACGCCUAAUAGGAACUCUAUUAAUUUUUAUUGUAUAUACCGUAUAUUUAUGUAUACACAUAUAUUUUUAUAGAAGUGUAAUUUGCACGUAAUGCGAAACCUUAUAACUAUACUAGUAAACGAGUAUAAUAUAGCAAGACGACCCGAAGUGAAAAUCCGGAUCGAUCAUUUUUUUUUUUUUUUAAAACUCCUUUUCUACCCCCCGCAACGCGCAUUCGUAUCGUCCGACUGUAUAUAUGUAUAAAUGCGACGGUUGUAUAAAGUGCAGUGCAUAAUAUAAUAAUAAUUUAUAUAUAUAUAUAUAUUUAUAACGUAACGUUUAACGAGUUUGUGCAAUCUAAUCGAAACCGUGACGACCGUAAUAAUAUUAUAAUGAAGACAAUCGAGAUUGGAUAAAAAAAAAAAAAUGAUAAUAAUAAUAAUCAAAAUUUAAUUGCGAACGGACGCGCUAAGACUGUAUUUUAGAUUUCAAGCGCAGCUGAGAAUAAUGUGUAUCGGUUCUGUACAAUGUCGUGUUCUUUUUUUUCCCUGCUGUCCGUAAACCACUUUUCUACUGGAAAUCUUGCUCAGAUCGACAAAAAAAAAAAAAAAAUGAUACAGAUAUUAACUCCAAGCAUCUUCCCCGACUUCUCACCUAUAUGCAGUAAAUAGCACGCCCGUCGUCGAGCCGUUAUUUUAUUCAAAUAUAAAAAAAAAAAAAAAAAAACCGAUCCGAAUAUAACGGGCGAACAAAAACAUGGGUCGACGAAAAAAAAAAAACAUCCCUCAAAUUUAUUUUCAACCGUCGCGAUCGUAGCGGCGAGACAUGGACGUAUAUACGCGUAUACGAGUGUUCCGAACGUAUCGUUUUUUUUUUCCUCCUACAGAAUGGAGUUAUAAUUAUGAUUACCACCUAUGUUACAACCUAUAUACAGCGUGUUCGCGUUUCCAGGUAAACACUAAGUAAUUCGACCGAAUGACCUUCGGUGUUGGAAAUCGAUUUUCGAAAGAUAAUAUAGGUAGAUACUGAUUUACACGUUUGAUGAUAAAUUCAAAUUCGUUUCAAGUGUGCGUAUUUAUUUUGUACUACUUACUGUUUUUUAACACUAGAUUCGAAUAAUAUUGUUUCCCCUCCCACUCCCCCGGGUCGACUUUGAUAAAUACAAUAUUUUUCGUUCAAAAACACUGAUUUUCGUCCAUUUAAAAAAAAAAAUCUAAAACACAUUAUUAUGUGUACACUAUUAUGUUAUGAUUAUCUUUACAAUCGUUUAACCCCCGUAGAACCGUAGUCGAAUUUCUUCACUUGUAAAGCCCCCAGAAACAGGAUCGAACGUUUCGAGCGUGUAUUUCAGUACCACCAAUAUCACCUGCAGAAAAUGGAACUCAAAUCCAAGGCCGUCCUGCCGAAAUAUUUAGUGGCGAUCGUUUAACGUAAUUCGACGAAAACAAAAGUAAAUUUAGUUUGCCGAUUCGGAUCUAAAUGAUAUAAUAAUAAUAUUGUAUACGAUUAUUAUUAUCGUGUGACCCAUAUUUUGUUUUCGACCAAGGCGUCCGUUUCGCGAUCGGACACCGUUGCUGUGUUUUGAAACUGCAACAGAAACGAACCUCAACUGGUCGCAGAGUGGUCUACGCUCAAGGUCUUUUUCUUUUUUUCUAUUUCUGAACGUCGUGGUCACCACCACCACCGACCUCAUAUUAUUAUUGUUAUUAUUAUACUUGGCGCAUAAUAUUUUCCUCCUUUCAGUUUGAUAAAAUAACACACAAGUACAACAAUAUAUACUACACCCAACGUUUUCCUUUGUCGUUAACGACCGCACGUUUUCUCGCUGAAAUCGUUCAAUUAUACCGGGCGUGUGACGUACCCAUAAUUAUAUUAUAAUAAACGCAUAGUAACGUGUUGCAGUCUAGUGGCUAUUCGUCAUUUUUCAUUCUUCUAAAGACACUAGCAAUAAUAUAAUAACAAUAAUAAAUAAAUAAAAGCCAAUUAGACUUAAACCUGUCCUUCUCUUAUCGCACGGUACGCCAAAACGAUGAUAAUAAAAUCCAAACGUUUUUCCAAAGUCUACAACGACGGUUACGUCGUUUGUUUACAAAUACUAUAUAUAUAUAUAUGUACAAGUAGGAACAACAAAUUUACUAUCGUUUAAUUGUUCGACGUUUUCAAACUUUUUUAGAUUUUUAAAAAAUAGUUUGCCAUAUGUGUGGCAAUAAUGUACGGCGAUUUCGGAUAAAAAAAAUAGAAAGUGAUGUAUUUUUAAUAAUUUUUAGAUUAUCUUUGUAACAAUAUUUUAUACUCUCCGUUAGCAAUCUAUAUUUAACUUGAAAUAAUUCUGCAUGCACCAUUUUUUUUUUCAUCGGUACAAUGUAGAUAUACAUAUUUAUUGUAAAACGAAAUAAAUUUCUAAACCGGGUUAUACAAAACGUGUUUUGAAAUAAUAAUAUUCCGAAAUUAUUUAACAUUCAAAAACAUCUGCAGUCGGUCAACGAUAUAAAAUCAACAUCAACCGUGUACGACGUACCUAUAUGUAUUUUUUGGUGUUGCAUAGAAUUUUCAUUGCGCAGUUCGAUAAAAAAAAAAAAAAUGAUUGAAAAUUGAAACUAUCAAAAGGUAAAUCCUUUAUAUACUUACAUCGCUCAUAUUUGUAUAUUUAAAAUUUUAUACUCGUCUUUAUUCGCUUUGACCGUGCAUAUACAAUGCCAGAAAAAAAAAUACUCGAAUUUGAGCUCAUUUGGUCCGGACGGAGCAGCUCUUUAAGUCUCCCAAAAUUAGCGGCGAAAGGAUAUUUAACGGCCGGCCUCAAUACAGCUAGUGCAUUAUAAUUUGAAAUUUUUUGGGUGAAAAUUCGAUAAUAGUUAGAUAAAAGAUUAAAGUUUAAGUUCAAAAGAUAAAAGAUUAUAAUAAUAAAAAUUAUUGCUAUUACGACAAAUUAAAAUCAUCUCGAUCCGCUACGCGUAUUGUACGGAUCAAUUACAUUUUACAUUCGCAUAUAUUAAAUAGUGCGUUCUAAUCAGUUUUGAUUUUUUCGUGAAGCGUCGUUUAAAUUAUAUGCCUACUAUUGGUUGACACAAUAAUAGGUACACGUAUUCUGUACGGUCGAUUUUGUCUCUAAUACCGCCACUAUUGUAACCUAUUUGAAUUAAUAAUUUUCGUUCGCGAAAAUACGUCAGUAUCGAUUAUAAUAAAAAUAAUUCGACACUUUAAUUCAAACGGGACUCGAUAAAAAUAAUAAUUAUUUGUGAACUAUGCGGGCAAUUAUAACAUGGUCGUCAACAACUGACAGUGCUUCGAACACGGCGCUCGUUUUUUUGUAGUUUGUUAUUUUCAAUCGUUAAACAUAAAAAAUGACACGCAGUGCGAUUUAAUGUUGUUUUUUUUUUGUUGGAAAUUUCUGUUUGUAUUCACAAACACAAAUAUUUCCAUAAUGCGUUUUAUAUUGGCGUUUUACAGGGGUACUAAACACACCUUUUUUUUCUUUUUUUCCUUUCUGAUCAAACACCGACGAAAACAUGCGACUCUGCGUUAUUCAGAUACCCAUUAUACCGCAGUUAGCCAUCGGCUAUUCGGAUAUAGGUAAUAUAUUCGACAGUACAAUGCGACGUGUACGCGUGCAAAUUCACAAAGUCACAGAGAAACGCGAUUUACGGAAUAAAAAUCUAGUUCCUCGACAUUUUUUUCGGUUAGGUCAUAGAAACGCCCUAUAUUUGACCGUCGUCCCACAGUUAUAUCGUUAUCGAAAAUAAUAAACAUAAUGUACUUAAACGUGUAUACUUGUAUGUCACUGAAAGGUAUUUAACAAAAUGAUAAAUUAUCUAUUUUUGUUUUCGACAAUUUCUGUAACCGUUAAUACUGGCAUUGUGUAUAAUUUUUCCUUCUUCGCAUACCUAAUAUUAUUUAAAAAAAAAAAAAACACGUUCUAUACGCAAUACAAAUAUAAUAAUCCGAUUAAAACGAUUAUGUUUACACAAUCGAUACAUUUUUUUUGUUCACUUAUUAUCGUAUAUUUUCGUUAAAAUUCUAAGUUUGACUCUAGUUUCAGAAAGAAAAAAAUCUACACACGUGCUCGUUUUAGAUUAACGUUGAAUUUCCAUUUUUUUUUUUUUUAAGCGAUUAUGUAUCUGUGUACAUACAAUUAAUUUUUAAUAAAUGGUGUAUUAUUAAAGAAAGGGUAAAAAAUACGAAUCAUAUUGAUUAAAUUAGCAGUGAUAAUAAUAUUUAAAAAUUAUUUCUAUAUGCAGAGCUAGUCUACGACUGGGACUUCCUGAGCUCGUGGAGUCUGGUGCUCGUGACUCUGUUUUACUUUUUCUUGUUAUCGUUAUUUUUUUUUUUUUAAAUUAAAUAUCGUAUACACGAUAUGUAUACGUCAUGUUAUAUCACCGUAUUCAAAGACAACCCGUUAUCGAAAUAAUUUAUCGAACUAUGCGUCAUUAUUUCACACGAUCCGGUACAGAAUUUCUUCUACUCUUAGUUGUCUCGCAACAAUCAGGUAAUGUUUUUUGAUGAUUAAUUCGUUUGCGCACUAUAAACUUCUUCUGCCCUACGCUCCCAUACUGACUACCAUAACAACGCCUAAUGGAAAUUUGUUGGGCAACGUGUCCGUCGUUAUUUUUUAUUCGAGAACGUCCCGACUCUCGUGUUUUGGCAACCCUGCGGUUUAUGCAGCCGCGGGUUAGCAGCAGCUUUCCGUGUACAAUAUUUGUUUUGUGUUUUUAACCAGUGAUAUCAACUAUUCUUACCUAACCGUAUAAUGUUAUUGUUGCUGUAUACGCGAUCAAAACCUACGCACACAUUGUGCAACGAUGUGCGUUUAAAUGAAAUCGCGAUAGUCCACGAGUAGCGAAUUAAAAAAAUUAUCGGCUAAAAAAAUUGUUGCGCGAAAACGAAAAUACAUUACCGAUUUAUUCGGAUAUCAAUUUAUAUACCUAGUCUUGUAAAGUCUUGUACAAUAUACAUAAAUCUAAGAAAAUUCGGUAAAAUUUAAACUAUAUACAUUAUACUGUAUAAUAACGUCUAAAUUAUUUAGUUUUUUGUGAAUUGGAAUUACGCGCCUAUAUCUUUCCGCACUCGGUUUUUGUUCUCCUUCAAAAUAUCUGGAAAUAUAAUAUCGUUCGUUUUUUUAUUAUUAUUAUUAUUGUUAUUUGCAAUACAAUUAUUGUAAAUAACCGAGGUGCAUAACUAAGUUGGGCGUGUGCCGCGUAUAAUAUAUUGCCAUACUGUACAAUAUACACGUAUAUAUAUAUGUAUAUUGACACGAAAACACAUUCGAACGUUUUUUGUUUCAUUAGAAUAAAAAAAAAAGUAAAAAUACUAUUACAUAUACCUAUGAUAUUUUUUUUUUUUUUUUAACCAAACGAAUAUAUUACAAUAAUAAUAACAUAACCUAUACUGCACUUUUUGUUGAGCAACUGUAUGUAACGAGUACACUUUUCUAAACGUGUGUUUAUACAAUUAUACAAUUAUACCGAAUAAUAUGCACGGUUUUCCGAACAAGAUUCUAGUGGAAAACACGAUGUUUUGUUUAAAAAAAAAAAAAAAACAACAACAACAAACACGCGAAAGUGUUAUAAAUCGAUCUCCAUAUAUUAAAAUGACAACCGCAGGUAAAGCGUUAAUUUGUUAUCAUUAAAUCGAAUCUGCUACUGGCGUCGCACAAUAAUAUUAUUAUAAUAUAUGCGUGUAGGUAUAUUAUAGUUUAUGUGUAACGUGUUUUUUUUUUUUUUUUGUACCGUGCCAUUUUUUUUUUUUUUCGAACCGUCGAUAUCGUUUACCGAUGACCCAGUAAUAAUAGUAACGUGUAUAUAUAGGUACAGACAUUGACGGAAGUGUAUCGCGCGUAUACAUCACGUCGCGCGUGUAUAUAAAUAUUGUGUUGUUUUUUUUCUUUUUCCUAUAUACAAUCGGAGUGAUCGUAGUCUGUAGUCUGAUGGGAGCUAAAAAAAAAAAAAUUAACACUAAGUCUCCUACUUCUCUCGUAUACUAUAUUAUGAUUGUACUCUUUUGACUCCGCAUUGUCCCCGAAAACGUUCGUUGAUUUAUCGCGUUUUCGAGAUUCUUUCGGGUUCCUCCUAUUUUUUUAUUAUUUUUUUUUUUAUAUAUAUACAUAUAUUAUUAUCGAGUCUGUGCGCCGCGCCGUCUCGUGCGAAAUUGCGCGGUUUCCAUCUCAUGGCGAUGAUCUCAGCCUUGAGUGAAUAUUAUUAUUGUUAUUGUUUUUUUUUUUUUUUUUUUUUUUUUUUCAUUUACCUACGAAAAACUGCGGCUCUGCGACCGGCGCGCGUCGUUUCAUUGUUCGGGGCACAGAGCGUCCGAUGCGUCGUGCGAAAAAGCCAACAAUAAUACGCAACAAUAUUAUAAAAAUGAUGAUGUAAACCCGGCGAGAUAUUUUAAAGGGCCUCGCAGCGUAACGACCCGGACGAUUCCGCCGAUUUUCGAAACCGAACCCUUUUGUCAGACAUUUCGUCUACGGGGGACUCUGCGGGAUAUUCGAUCGGACCCGCAGACGAGUGUCCGUUUUAUUUUCUCCGUGUCUACAGUGAUAAAAUAAACAGUAGACGGACGCGGCCCGUCAGACGUCGAAUUACGCGUUUAUAUUGCCGUACAUUCAUUCGGAACUGUCGAAAAGUCGUUUUCGAAAAAAUAAAAGCGUUAUUGUUGUUGAUUAUUAUUGUUACUAUGAUCGUUAUUGUUUUCGUCUCUCCGAAUAUUAUUGUGCGUGCGGCCCGAACCGGAAAACGCGUCGCGUCGUAUUAUUGCUGCAGCGUUUGACGAGCGCGCCUCGAUGUCGUCCGGCGAUUUCCCGAGCGUUUUUCAUUCGGAACGCGGGCGCCGCGAACCGACACGAUUAUUUGUUUACGUCCGUGUCGUGCCGUGUAUUCGAAUUACGCGAAAAAUAAGUCGGUCGCCGAAAUAACGCGAAAGUACCUUUUAUUGGUAUACACGCGUCGACACCGACAAAACGAACGCAAAUAUUAUAAUAAUGGAGUGUUAUUAUCGUUUUGGAUUUACAUCCUGUUGCAUGGUCGUCCGGUAUUAAUAGAGUGUGAAAAAACAAAAGAAAACGUAAAUUCAAAACAGAAUUAUGUUACCGAAACGACUACCGCACCCGUCGCAGCAGAAAUUUGAAAACAUUAGGACGUCUUCAAACGAAACUCAACGUUUCCGACUUUAAAUAUUAUAUAGAUUUCCGUCGGAUCCAGCGUUCAAUUCUAUCGAUUUUUCCCAGCGACAUUUCUGUUCUUAUUCUCCGCGGACUAGGCGCCUGUUGUAAUAUUUGUGAUAACGUAGAAAAGAAAAAAUGUCGACCGUAGGUAUUCCAUCGUAUUCCUGCAUUUAUAUCUAACGCGAUCUGAAUAUUUCGGUAUCCGACAACCUUCCAACGGGUCGGAUUUCGGGAGACGAGUUUACCGAUUUUUUGUGCGAUAUUAAGAUUUACACCCGACGCUGUCGUUCCGUUCUGAAAAUCGAAAAAUGACUUCCCUCCCUCCUCCCUAUUGACACUCGCGAUUUGUUACACGAAACACCGCGUGUGAUCGCGUGUCGUCAUCGAUAGGUCACGGAGGUUUACGAGUUUCUUUAAAAUAUUUAUACAAAUGCCUGCACGGGAUUUCGGUCUUUCGGACGACAUUAUCCUCGCUAUAUCUUUUCCCCUUAUCGAUCUCGGUCGAAAUUGGAUCACGGCCUUCGUUUUGUACAUAGUGCGUGUUAUUGUCGGCGCGGAAUAUAAUAGUAACCUCGUCGAAAUUCAAUCGAUUACGGUCGGAGAAAGUCGGUACAAAUUAAAUACCUAUUCAUUAUAAUAUUACGAAUAUUACGUAUCAAUCGUUAAUACGUACACGUACUGAAAUUUUACGGCACGUGGGCAGUGUAGUGCCGCGGCGAACAAUAAUAAUAUUAUAAUCUCAACGAGAUCGACUGCUGCCUGCCGAACGGGCGAAAUUGCAAUUAAUUUAACCGGAGUCCGUGAAAGAGCCCCCGCACAACCUCCGUGAGCGCCUCUGUUCCGUUAGCAGUCUGCACGUCAGGACCGAACUGAGAAGUACAAAUCCGUUUAGAUUAAAGUCCAGAAGUUCUCCGGCUCUUUUUUUUCGCGUAUCACUUAUACAUACGUAUAUAAUGGAUCUGUCACGUACCGCUUAUGGCUAAAUAAAUUGAACUAUUCAUAAUGUCCAUGUAUGCAUUUAUUUCAAAACGAUAAAAGCACGAGACAGUAAAAUACUAUACAAUACAAUUGACAUUAUAAAAAUUAAUAUAUAUAUAUAUAUAUAUAUAUAUGAUAGUAUUAGAUCCAUUAAAAACGUUUGUACAAAUCUGUACCCCGGAGGUAAAGGACACCAAAUAUCACAAAAUAAUUGUUUUACGGGAGAACAAAUUUUCGAUUGUUUUCAUCUGUAAAUUUGUUUUACUUCGUGAACCAAUAUAUGAAUCGCUCUACGAAACGUGUAAUAUUAUCGUUAUUGGUAUUCUUUACAAGAUAGAAACGUCAAUUUUAUUAAUUUCAAAAAAUAAUUAAAAUUAUUUUGUGGACAUGUGUUGUACAGUGUACACCCUUGGACACGUCCGUAUGGUUUUAUAUUCUAACGCCUUAUCUCCGUCACUUAUAUGAUAACUACUGGGCGCAUUAUCCUAUAUACCUUUACAUAGAGCGAAAAAUGCUCCACGACGACAUGGGGGCCAACUCAGUUUCAUUGAAAACGGACGUGGUGUCCUUUAUAACACCAUGCGGGCUACAAAAAUAUGCGUUGAUACAUUUUCCGAACUGCUACCGCUCGGCUUACCGCGUACCUCUGUGUCGCCUACCAUGUACCACCAGUGGUGCGCGUACCACAGUUUGAGAACCACCGGAUUAAACAAAUUAAUAUGUACACCGGAAUGGACGUUGCCAACUGAUACGCGCGAACGCAUAGAUUGCGAAGAAAGAUAAUUAUUGUAGCUUUGCACGAUAUUAUCGUUGUUUUUUCUGUUGAUAACAAUACGAUGUUGGCACUACUGGCGCAGCGAUUAACAAACGAUGUUUUAACCAACACGAAUCCGGCCGUGUUUUGCUCGGGUUGAUAGGGUUUCGGUAUCCUUUGAUAUUGUUUCCCUUAUUUCCUUUAUGUAUCACCGAAAACUGUAAUGCGGCGUGUACACGACUGUGUUUACAAAUACUUUAUUACUUAUCGGGUACCUAUAGACAACCGUGCGGCAAUAAGUAACCGUCGUUGCGGCGAUCGAGUGUUCGUACGGUUUUUUUUAUUCGUUUGUUUGUUUGGUUUCUGAAGGGGAGGGGUGGAACUCGGUCGAAAACGUGACCGUAUUAUAAUAACGGCGGAUGUCGCGUCUUCGGUCCACGUUUCGUGAUGUCUCGUGAAACUACAAUAUUAUGAAAACGUCACGUAUACACAGUUAUAGCGUAUUAUAUAUACAUUGGUUACAACCGUUGUUAUUUGCCCGAGUACGAAAAAAAAUUUUAAAAAAAAAAAAAAUCGAAAUUUAUAAUUACGUUAGUAUUCUCGUCGUCGUCAUCGUCAGCGUGAUAAUAAUAAUAAUAAUAAUAAUAAUAUGACGAUCUGAUGCCGAUGCGCGCGAAUACAAUACCGCAGACGAGUGUGUUAUCAAUCAUUUCGAGUGUCCGGCGGUUUUUUUCCGAGACUGCGGUGCAUCUACAUGUUCGUUAUUUAUAUUAUGUCUCGCCGUCGUUAUAUUGCCCGUGUGAGACGAAAAUAUUAUUGUUACCGUCGUCGUUGACGUUUUUAUUAAUUUCACCGGUUGAUAGAAUGAGGCGAAUGUAUAACGCGUUCUCCGGACAAUACUCUUGUUGCAGCCGCUAACUUCCGUUCAACCGGUAACGAGCUGUCAUAGCGCGUGUAGAGUUUGGAAGGAAAAAAAAACGCACUUCAAUGUUGUCGUCGAAGCUCCUGUGUAUCCCGUUGGGUGGAUACCUUUCGUUACGAAUUAGCUAUAGUAAUUCGGAAUUCGUAAUCACAUUUUAACCUUCCCCCCCCCUCCGAAACCGUGUUUUUAUUUCCCGAUGUCGGGAGGUGCUUUUUACCCCGACCAGUGGCCGUGCCCGGGAAUUUUCAACGGGAAGGGAUGUAGUAAAUAACAAUCUUUCUUACACCUAUCUGCCCUAUCUCGACGCGCGAAAAAAAAUUUAUAAUCGAAAACUUUUUUCCUUAUAACUCGGACGAAAUACAUAAUUUUAUGGUAAAAUUACCAAAUAAAUACUCGGUUUUAAUGUACUCUGGUACUCCUACAGAAACUUCAGACCGAUGCCAGUAUUGGCUAUUAAAAAAUAAAAAAAACACGGUUUCGGGAUGUUAAAACGGGAUUUUUAGAUUCCUAAUAUUAGAUUACGUAUUAUGUUAAGUAAUUCGUAACAUAUAAUUUCCUUGUCGAAAUUUUGAGGAUAAAGAAGCCUGUCGUCGUCUGUAUAAUAGUCGUUAUUAUUUUCAUUAACGUCUACUUUGUCGGCGAUUACGAACCAUAACCCAAUCGUAUUGCUCAACGACGCAAAGAAAAAAUAAAUAGAACCCGAAGGACAACCAAAAAACCGUAUCAUUCGCGAGUACUGUUUGUAUAUAAGUUAUUAUUAUUAAUUGCGUGUAUAUAAUUUGCUCCAUAUAACAUUUGGAAUAACCACAUCGAGUUGUGAACACGGACAAGUGGAUGGCAUCACCCCCUCCUCCAUCAACACUCACCUUAAUUGUCCGCAUGUUGAAUAGUCAUAAUAAAUUACACCCAAAUAAACAACUAUGCAAUUUAUGGUUUAAAAACAAUACUAAAACUACAAUAAGGGAAAUCAAAAAAAUUACCUCCGCAAUGCACCAACAAGAUAAAAAUAAUGCUAUCAAAAAUUUAGCUCCAGCAAAUUUUCCAAACUGAUAUUGCUUAAGUCCAAAUUUUCCACGAGUUCGUCAUCUAAUUUAAACAAUAAUAGUUCGCUGAAAAUUACUUACUAAAUUCUAACAAACUAUUCAAGUUAUCACCUUGAACUAGGCCACAUAGGCAUGAAUACUAUAGAUAUAGUCAAGUCUAUAUUUACAUGUUGUAUAGAUCGAAAUUAAAUUUGUUUGAAUUUUUUUUAAAAAUCAUAGUUUUAUUAAUGCGUUAAAAUAAUACGUAGACAUACAUAAAUUUGGAAUUGUUUCUUGGAAACAGGAAAAUAUUAAUUAUUUUUCGAUUUCAAGUUUAUCAACGCGUAUAAAAUAUAUGGAAAUACUAUUUUUUCGUUAUGCAAUGCUAUAACUAUUUGUUUACACAUAUAGUUUGAACAAAAUUUGAGAUCGUCGAGUUGCCGAUAUUCGGAAAGUUUGUCGUUUGAAGAUUUUAAAACUAUUUCGAUUUGCUUAAAACAGUGGCGGGGAAUUUCAGUUAUUUUAUCGUCGUAUAAAGUGACAUUACCCGAACGAUCUACGGGAACGGCAUUGUAUUGUUGUUUUGUAUAGUGUGAAUCGAUGUAUAGUGAUAAUCGACAGAUUAUCUCGUUUUAUUUAUUCGGCCCUUUCAUAGGGGAGUGACGGUACAUUAUUCGAUCGUUAUCUCCGGACAGUCGGUGAAUUUCGACGAUUUUACGAUUAAGGAAAAGAAAAAAAAAAAAACGUUCACAACGCCGCGUACGUAGACGUAAUAAUAUGUAAAGUGAAUUUUUACCCACCGAACGCAAUUCUUCGACCGCGUAAUAAUCGUAAUACCGUUAACAACAAAUAUUAUAUCAUAUAGGCAAUAAAAUCGAGCGGUCCGCCCUCCUCCGGAUAUUACGACGCGCCUAAUAUUUCACUAUUCCGGCGUGUGAUAGCGCCCCAGAAGAAAAACGCCAUUGCACGCCCUACACCCAAUGUAUAUGUUGUGCACUCGUAAUUAAUUGAAUAAUAAAAAAAAAAUCCUCCGACCGCGCGGGAUGUUCCAAUAUAAUAAUGUUGUAUAUACGUUUCUCGGGAUGAUCGGUGUUUCCGCUUACAACGGCAAUGACGCUGUUCCCCCCCCCCUCCUCUCUCCCUCCCUUGUUCCUAAAUAUCGUCGUCGUUUAGGCCCGGCCGCAACAACGGCCCGUCCGUGUUUUUCAUGGCUACGCCGUCGCGGCCGCGAUUUUCGACGGAAAAAAAAAACACAAAAAACACAAAAAAAACCGUCCGACAGCGCGUCAUUAUAAGGUACUUAUACGCCGCCGCACACGUUCUGCACAAAAACUCGUGAUACACACCACGCCAUACGCGCGAAACAAUAACAACAAAGCGCUGUCGUUUUCGUGUAACUUGUGAAAUCGCCGCUGCCGUGUCCUCGAUAAGUAAUAAUAAUAUUAGUGGAUUUAGUGAAAGUUGGGAAAACAUCGGGCAAAACGCCGACCGAUGUAUUAUAAAACCGUGCGCGCACGCGCGUGAACCGCAACACUGCAGUGGCGUCACUAGAAAAUCGCUUCUCCGGAUAGGAUCCGGCGUGUUUGCAGACGGGAAAAAAGACAAAACAUUUGUUUUUUUUUUUUUUUUUUCCGUCGAUAAUGAUGUCGAUUUUCUUAAUUCGUUGAGCCCGACUACGUACGCAAUGUAAACGCUCAACUCGGCCGAAAAAACUGUUUGCUUUGAUCGUGCGCUCCCCGACGACUGUCGAUCACAAAGGGGAUCAUACAAUUUGGUUAUUUAACGGUUUAGCUCGGUCAUUACGGGUCCUUUAUUUUCGAGCACGAAUUUGUAUUUUUUUUCACUCCGCGGAACGGACUUGCGGAUAGAUCGGAUCCGGAUAAAAAAAUAAUAAUAAUAAAAAAACCGUUUUAAUCGGUCAUAAAACAUUUGUUGAACGUUUUUAUUUUCGGAGAAAAGUCGCUUGGCCUGCCCGCGGCCCCGUCCGCGCCAUUGCAACAGUAUGAUAACAGGCGAUACGGAAUUUAAUAUUUUACUGUUGCCAUUUUUUUUCUCUGUCCUCUCUCCCGGCCCACUCACUAUUAUCGUGCCGUCCUCGUCGAGUUCGCAUGUUUCAACUUUUAGUCCGCGGAAAAAACAGAACGCGUUUAGAAUAUAUUUAUAUAAUAUUCGGUAUAUUAUUAUGUUUAUAUAUAUAUAUAUAUACACAUAUAAAGUCGAGUAUUAUUUUUCGACGUUUUACAUUUUAAUCACCGAGAAUUUUUUUUUUUUCCCAUAAUAAUACACCGUUCUUGACAGUUUUAUUAUUCCCAUAAUAAUAGGUAUGCCCGUGGACUGCGGCCACGUAAUUUGCGAGUUAAUGCAAUAUAAAUAAUAAUGUGUGUGUGUGUGUAGGUACACUGCAGGCUCUUGUAUAAUAUUUCUUUUAGGUACACACCAUCGUACAUUGGUGUACUGUACGUCAUAAUAUUAAUAAUAAUCCGUUUGGUUCGCGUGUGUCCGGGGCCCCGUGCACACUUAAAUAUUAUAAUAUCGAAUCUAAUAAUAACGUUUCAAACGAGAAUAUUUUUACUCGAUUACUUCCCCUGGUUCCCCCACACACACACACACACACUCACACCCCAUCCCGUCGCCACCCCGCCCCUCCGAGACGACGGCUACAACCCGUACCGGAACGAGGUUUCGCACGGGCGUACGCGUAUAAUAUAGUAAUAAUUAAAAAAAUAAAAUUCUCGCGCAAUAUUAUACGAGCGAACUCCUCCAGAAAUAUUACACCGUCGGUUACUGAUUUACCUAUAUUACCGCGAGCGGCGGUUAACCUUCGACGUCGGUAUUUUUUUUUUUUUUUUCUAAUCGUUAUGCAACUAUUAUAUUAACUUUGAGGAAAUAAUGUGUUUGUUAACUCAUUAUUUUACUAUUAUAACGCCUAGUUAACAAAUAUUGUUAUUAAGCACCCGUCAAGCGUUUGUAUUAUAUACCUACGUGUAACACGAUUACCUAACUCCCCGUAUACAGUUAAUCGAUUGUUUCCAUAAUACGAUAAUUAUUGUAUAGGUACGCGAGUACGGCCAUCGUUAUAAUAUUAUUGUUUGGCGAUAUUAUUAUUAUUAUUAUUAUUGUCGUUCGGAAUGUAAAGCCGCAGCCACAGAUCUUAUAAUUUUAACCGUUACGAAUUUUAUUUAAAAAAAAAAAAAAAACCCGAUGUUAUCUGAUAAUCGAAAGAAACGAAACAACGACAGAAAAAAAAACCGAUAAUUAUAAUAAUUGUCCUCCAUACACAAUAACGCGCAAUUAUUUGUACAUUGUCCCGUGAUUUACUGUUACACUGACUGUAUAAUAAUAUUAUUGCCGCGGCGUUUUGUUUCCGAUAAACCAGCAAUGUUCUAUAAUACAACAGGUCUCUUAACAUUGUGUUUUAUCAAUACCGAUGGAAUUUACACGUGGAAUUCAACCGAAUUUCCACAGCUGCUAGCAAUACGUACGUAUACCUGUACGCAAUAGUAUUGUUGUCCGGAACCGUUUAGGUGUGUAUUAUUAUAUUAUACGAGACUUGCGCGGCGAGAAUUAUGCAAUUUUCAUUACUAUUAUUAUUAUUAUUAUUAUUUUUUUUUUUUUUACGCGCAUUCCUCGUGGUAGUUUUUAUUGUUGCUGCGCGGGUUGACCGGCAAUGAUAUUAAACGCUAAAAUAUUAUAAUAUCAUAAUACCGCACGUGUGGACGUUGUGUGUUGUUGAUAUACUCGCAGAUAACGAUAUUAUAUAUCAUUAUAACGGUGAUAACGAAUGUGGCCCGGGGGGGGGUAAAUAUUUUUCCUAAUAUCGUUGCGACUCGACACUGUAUUAUAUUUCUUGUCGUCGCGCGGUGUUUUUGCGAAAUCGUCGGUUUGUUGCAUUACAGGGUCUAUAUAAUAUUACCUAUAUAGUAAUCGGAUAUAAGUAUAUCAGUACAUUACAUUGUCGUAGCGGAUAAAAACAAUAAUAUAUGCCGUUUGUUUCUUUUUUUUUUUCCCCGAAUACUCUGCCGGAAUACUACGGUUUAUUACUGUAUUCGUUUUUGUAUAUCUGCAUAAAAAAUGUUAGUAGUGUUCGAAAUUCGCACGACUAUUAUAAAAAACAGCGGUCGCUUUAUAUAAUGCGGUUUCCGACGUGCAUUUCGAGUGUUUAAAAAAUAUAUAGGAUAUUAACAGCGUUGUAUAUUCUAUUGUUAUACGCGUGUACGACUGGAAAAAAAAAAUCAACGUGUUAACGAGAAGGUACGUACACACACAAUAGUUCUUUGGUCCCGGGGAAGAAGGGCCAAAGUCGAUUUUUGGCAUUUUUUGUUUGUUUCGUAUGUUUGUAAACACAUAAUCUGUCUUACUUUCCUGUCUAAACGGCACUACCAGUGUACGUUUAUAUUCUAACACGUGCCACACCGAAAAUUAUAAUAUCUCGGGUCGCCGACAUGUACUGCAUAUUUGUUUGACGAAAAGGCACGUCACAAUAUUAUGUCACUUAAGCCACUUAGGGCGUCGUAUUUAGGUUAGACCGUUUAGCAAUUGAGCCACUUAGAAACGUUCAACGUUUGGUUUGCUCGUAUUGAAAACUAUACGAAAUUUACGCAAUAACGAGCCCCCUUCUCCCACUGGGCUAAAGAAUUCAUCUUUUUCUCGGCUUCAAUCGUCCGGAGACGUUCGGUUUGCCGCGGAUGUCCGCGCCUACUUUUCGUCGCUUAAUCCCUGUGUAUAAAUAAAACUUUUAAACUAUUAUCCUUAUAUUAUCUCCUCGUCUAUCGUCGGUAUGAUUGGUUUCGGUCCGCCUCUUCAAAUAUUUCGUCAAACUAUCGUAACGUUGCUGUAGAUUUCGUUCCUUCUGACCUUUAAUACUGCGUAUCAAACGCGUUCUCGUUUCAAUAAUAUAUCACAAUUGGUAUGCAUAUUUUCGAAGGUUUCUGUAUUGGAAAAAAAUGAAACGCAUAUUAUGAUUAUUAUUACUAUCAUAUAGCGUAAAAUUCGCAUUGACAGCAUACGGAAUAAACAAUGUAUACAAUACAACCACUAGAUCGAACAGUAGUUAAUGAAUAUAAUUAAAAAUAUAGUCAUAACAGUCAAACACGACAAUUUCUUGUCGUGUGUCAAGAAAAUAGCAAACACGUAUACGGAGAUCGGGUGCGAGUAGACACAGUUACAAUACAGUAGGUAAUUUAUAAGUAUGACAAAUAUCGAAUUUUACAAUUUUGACGUCCAUGUUUGAGAUCCGGUCGAUCAGCCACCGGCGUAGCCUGCAUGUGUAGACUUUUCGCACCCCCAAUGGAAAAAUCGCCUCGGGCGUGCUCUCCGAGGCAUAUUACGAUACAAUAUUAUCGUAAACUCUCUGAAAAUGUAUCCACCUUUAUUAUACGUUCUUAUCGCAUCGCGCAUUUUAAAACCAUACCUGUCUAUAAUUGAUUAAUAUUAUGUCUGUCCCGUACACAGAAUCCGUUGAAUAAAUCGAUAAUAAUAAUAUUCAUAAUAUGUAUAUAUUAUUACAAUUUUUCGCAAUAGUUGUUAAAACUGUACAGAAAAAAACAGCGAACGUACGUAUAGAGUGUGUGUGUGUGUGUGUACCACUGUAUUAGUGUACGCGCAUUAAAAAAAAAUUCGAUAAUAACUGUACAAUCAUUAUUAUUAUUAUUUUCAUAUAUCGAGCGUUGUAGUCGCGUUUAAAUCGUAAUAUCAUAAAUCAUUUUAAUGGAAUUUGAUAGGAAAAAAAAAAAAUAAAAUAUAUAUGUGUAUGUAUACUUACAUAUAUAUUAUUAUGCUCGUACUUAGUUUCCGUCGUGUGUAUACACAGUAACCGUCGUCGGAUAGUCGUCGUCGUCGUCGUCGUGCGUUAGUUUCUGCGUGUACAGUAGUAUAUUCAAAUAUUAUUCUUACAACAUAAAUCCUAUAUGAAUUCGCAUCGAGUAAAAUAAUAUCUUAUGUAACGAACGUACGGAUAUACGCGUAUUUAAAUAUUUAAUAUUAUAAUAUUUGUAUAGCGUCUCUCUCGAUAGAAAAAAAAAAAUAAUAAUAAUAAUAAAACCGACGGUUUCCUGCGGUCGCCCGGGCCGGGGCUCGAUUUCCACCGAUGCGGACUGCCGACGAGGUCAGUAAACGCUCGCAAAACAAUAAUAUAAUAUUACUCGUUUACACGCGUAGACGGUUGCAUUUUCUACUGCAGCGCAAUAAUUAUUUUUUAACCUCCCCCCCCCNCCCCCCCCCCCCCCCCCCCCCGAAAAACAAAAAACUACAAAUAUUAUUAUUAUUAUUAUUAUAUCAGCUACCUAUAUGGGUAUCGUACACGUUUUGCCCGCUCGUACACUUUGUGCAAUAUACACCGGGAUCAUUUGGGAUUUUCGCGACGGUGCUCGCUUUUGAGACGUUUUCACAAUAAACAAUUAACGAAUCGCGAUAAUUAACAUUUUGUAUGUACACGACAUAAACGCACGUACCUAUAUAAUAGUAAUAGCGCAUUGCGCCGGCAUCGGGCCACUGUUGUGCGGUGGGAAACUCGGUAUUAUAUUAUUAUUAUGGUUACUACGGUGUUAUAUCAUUAGAUCAUUUUUUUAUAUUUUUUUUUUAUGUAUGCAUAGAUCGUUGCGAGAAAAAACAACGAUUAUUCCGAGUGCAGGAGGUCGUUUAACUGCAGGUUUAAUUAAUACGUUUUUUUGUAUCCGUCUAAUAUAAUAUUACGAUAUGUUCGUAAACAUUUCAGAAUAACUACGCGGAGCUAUAUUUUUCUUCAGCCCCGGGGUAAAAAGGUCUAAAUCGUAUAAGUACAAUUUACCAAAGAAAAAAAAAACAUUUUCUAUUAGUUUGUUUGUUUUUUUUAAUGUGAAUUUGCUCUUUAGAAAUUAUGAAUACGAAAUUGACUUAAGACCUUCUUACCUGGGAUCAAAGUUUAUGGAUUUCGUCCGAAACCGGUGAUUGUUGUGAAAUUGUUGAAUUCGACAACGAUUGCGGCCUUUAUUAUAUUCUGGUGGGUGGCAGCGUUUACGUUUACGCCAUUGUCAUUGAGUAUUAUCACUCCGCUAUGUUGUUAUUAUGUAAAGUUUUUAUCGAUCGGUUUUAUAGUUAUGUUGUCCUGCAUUGAAUCACGUGUAUUGAAUACUAGUAGUCAUUCAGCGGAAUGGCAACCAAAAUCAUUGACCUCCCAGAUCACGUAGGAUUUUUUUUUUUCUGCUGGGUAACAUUAAAUCGCGAAUUUAUAAAAACAAAUAUCGAACCGCAGAACGUAAAUUACCGAACUGAUCGUGGAGCCACGCCCGACAUCGUUUUCCGUAUUCGAGUAAAUCGAAUAGGCAUCUCUGAAAUGGUUUUAAUAUCUGGAAAAAUUAAUUUUUAAUUUUUAAUUUUUUUUUAUUAUUAUCACGAACUAGCAAUUUUCGAAAGCAUUAUCGAUUAAUUGUAUAAAAAUAAAUAUGAAAUUUAAUGCGACUCGUCUCUACUAUAAAGUUUUAUGUCGGAUCAACAUUUCUAGAAAAAUAUUCUCUAGUCGAAUCUGCGUUCAAAAGGAAGAAGGGGGGGAGUCCAAUUUGAAAAAAACAAAGUAUAUAAUUAUUUAGAGUAUAUACGGGGAGCCGGGUAAAAUAUUAAAAAUUGUUUCAAAACAAUAAGCUUAAACAACGAUUAAAAAAAAAAAUCACCCUUUAUAUAGGUAAGACGCUUACAUUCGGAGAGUUUUCUAUACACGGGGGAUUAACCCCGACAAAGUGCGGGUCGCCGACAUCGAAAUCGUCGUCCGCAGGAACGCGUUUCCCCGUCUCUGAUCUCUGAACUAGUCGACCACGCAAUCGACGUUUCAACAAACGAUCGGUGAUCCCAGUCCAACCGCCGAUUUUAGUCGCGAAGUCUCAACAACAUAUAAAAAAAAAAAAACCCAAAAACCGAUUUCGGCGCGGUGCCCUCUCCCCCGUCCCGUCCCCAUCCCCCGCGCGGUGAAAAUCGUCUCGCGACGCGGCCGGCCGUGCCCCCCGCGCGCCCGGCGAAUCUUUCGAUUCGCGGCGUGAAGAACCGUUACGCCCGUUCCUUCACGCUCCCGAAUCGGACACGCGGCGGCCCGCCGCCGCGGUGCGCGUUUCGCGCGUACGACAAUAGAAUCCGAAAAUAAUGCCGUCGGGAUCGAUGACCUCUGCGGCGGCGGCGGCGGCGGUGGCGACGGCGGCCGAGGCACCGCCGUCGCGUCUCCUGCUCUCCUGUUUGUCGAUACGUAUAUUAUAAAUAAUAACACACACGUAUAAUGCGAUGAUGAUUUUACCCGUUCGAUUUAUCUUAUUGUAUGUGCGCGCGCGUGUGUGUGUGUACGCGUAUACGUAUAUACGUGCGAGCGUGUGGCGUUAUUAUUUGUAUUGUUCGUCAGGGCGACUACCGCUCCACAUUAUACGCGAAAUAAUAAUAAACCGGAGAGGACGUUAACUGCGGCGGAGAGUUCACGCAGCCCUCGUACGACGACUGCCACCGUCGCGUACACGGUCGUGUUACCGGUUGCCGCGCGUGUCGACUGCAGCGGCCAAUGUCUUUGGUCCCGGGGGAACAGCGGCCAGAGUGGAUUCCGCUCGAAUUUCGGCGAACGGACGGCCGUGGACGGUCCCUGUCUGUGCGCAAACGAACGGGCUCGAAUCGUACACGUUUUUGCCGCACGAAAACUGCGCUUCGUAUAUUGUAAUUGCAUUAGUCGAGCCCGGAUUGAGGAGAGGUUUUCGCCGCUGUAUAUUAUGUUCUUUAUGUACACCGUAUUAACUCUGUGCUUGGAUAUUUCUUUUCGUGUUUUUUUACGUGUAAUACGUGUACGCCGUUCGGAUCGAACGGCCGGAAGAGACGACAGUCGCAAAAGACGCGAUUGAGUUGAAUUAAACUCGUCUGAUUUACGCGUCGCGCGUAGAACCCGAGAAGAACUUAUGUCCCUAAAGUAUCGCAAACGCCAAAAAAAAAAAAAAAACAAUUUUAAAAAGAAUACACGAACACAAAGUCUUGUAUUAUUAUCAAUCUGUUAUGUAAUUACACAUUUACACGUAAAACAAUCAUGAACGUUCAAAAUAAAACCCGAAACCCCUGGUGCCUGGGGAAAAAAAAUGCUCAGAAAUUUAUUUCCCGACAAUAACGGCGUCAUCGUCGACAUCCGUUCGAAUCUGGCGACGAUGACAUGCGCACACGCAAUGUAGUCGUCGUCGUCGAUCGAUUCAUUAUUUUUGAUUUUUUUUUUCCGCGCGUUCCGGUCCGACCGUUACGGCAAUACUCGUGUAUUUAUUAUCACACGAUUCCGUGGUUUUUUUUCCCCUGUUAUUAUCACGCCGUCUUGUUUAUCGUCGGUCGCUCGCCGCCGUUCGAUGAAUCGUUCCGGUCCCGUCGCUCCGAUAUUUGUUUUUGUCGCGCGCGUCUGUUGUCCCAAUCGUGUAUGGAUUUUUUUUUUUUGUUAUUUUUUUCUCAGACACGGUUUUAGAUUCCGAGCUUAGCGAUUGCAUUGCCGUGAUGCGCGUAAGCCUUUUUCGUUUUAAUUUUCGCUCCCUCUGUGCGAACAUGGGAUUUUCGGCCAUCAGAAGCCAAUCGUCGUUCAUUCCGUGUUGAUGUGUCGAAACCGGACGAACACAACAGCAAGCGUACCCGUGCGUUUUCUGGACGUUGGUGUAGUUUCGAAAAUAUUUCGGCCCGGACGCCCGACGUGGUCGUCUAAAAUGCGCCGCCGGGGCGUAUACGCCGUGCGCAAGAGCUGUCCUCGCGCCGACCGUUAUAAAGUUCAAAUCUCGACGAGACUAUCGUAAACGUAAUGCGUUUUGCACGUGACCUGGUCGAAAAUCAAAUAAAAAGUUCCUUUUGAACAGUUCAGCGUAAAACGUUUGACCGGGGCGGAGCGCGUCAUCGUGUGUGUGUGUGUGUGUGUAUGUGUGUGUGCGGCGUCGUUUUUAGGAUCCGAUCCUUGCCGUUGAAAAUCCGGCGGCAGACUUAGUCCGACGUACCGGGUCUCCCGCUUCUCCGCUAAUGAAAAUAUCGGGUCCGGCGGGCUUCGAUAAGACAUUUUCAUUUAUUGGUGAUAAUUUUUCUUUUUUCACCGGCUGUGAGACCAGAGCUGAUAUUAUAAUAUUCUUGUUAAAAUCUCGUUAAUUAAAGAAAAAAAAAUAUACCAGAGCUCGAAAGACCAGAUGACAGCGUUUAAAAGUCGACGGAUUUUUACCCCGUGCAUUAACCACCGGACGAAUUCCGCUAGUGGAUUGGCUCCGCGGAAAUUAGCGGACUAUUGUUUUCACAUUAAUGGGCACGACUUAAGACCUAGUGGGUCAAAUCCGUCGAAAAGUGUAGGUUACCUAAUAAUAACGUAUUCGGAGGAUAUUUAGGUUCUUGUUUGUUUUUUUCGCAGACAUUACGGGGCCGAUUUUCGGGUCUUGUGGCUCCGAGAAAACGGCGUUCCAGUCGAUUUUGCAUAUGCAUAUCGUGUUUUCGGCGUAUACGAGCGGAUUUAAUUUCGAAAAUCGCUAUAAACAACAUCGUCCUAAUGAUAAAAUAUCGUUAAAUCGCGUAUAGUCGUUGAAACGGCCCGACGGCGUUUAGAUGCUGGCAAUGUUUUUUUUUUAAUGUUCGGCGUGGCAUGAUGGCGUUAAACACUUAUUAUGUCGUUAUAAGACCGAACAAAAUAAAAAUGGAAAUAAAUUGCGUAAUAAAAAAAAAUUCGACUCUGGCCCUUCUUCCUCCGUGGACUAAAGAUUCUGGACGCGAUAAAGCGAAAUUCGCUGUACGCACGUAUUUCAGGUCAAUUUGUUUUGCUCUUUUUUUUUUUUGUUUCUCACGUUUUCUUAAACCCUAUACUUUUACCCGUGUACACGAACCUGUAGCUGUAAUUUUUUUUACGUUCGAACCGACGGCAAUAAUUUUGAUUUAAACGACCCCGGUGCGUUAUUAUAUAAGAUUAACUUUUGUUGUAUAAUUAUUUAUAAUGAAAAUUCCCAUUAUUUAUGCGAAAUUUUUUUUUUUUACAUUCCGGGAUUAUUAUGAUUCCCUCGGAAUGUUUCUUCAUUUUUUUUUUUCAAAACCGUCAUCCUCGACCGGCUGAUUUAUAAUGUUAUUAUUAUCGCGCGCAACGAGAACGGCGAUUUUCUUCGCCCGUUUAUGCGAUUGUUUCGGAAGAUUUUAAGUGAAUCCGUUUCGUUUUUCAAUCAUUGUAAAUCGUUUGAACGUUGUUUACUGCAGUUUUCUGUUCUGCGUGCACUUGUACUCCCUACUCCGUGUACCUCAAACGAGUAUGAGCGUACUGCGCUUCAGAAUAGAAACGGUUUUUCAAAAAAUGUCAAUGUACGUAUUAUAACACUAAUACCGGAUUCGCCGUUAAUGUGUUAUAACCUUAAAGUACCUAAAAGUUAAAAAUAUACACAGGAGAAUUAGGGUAAAUAAUUAAAAUCGUAUCCGUUUUCAGAUAAUAAAGUAUUUCGUGUUCAACAAGGAGGUGUGAGGAGAGGUCGCUAUUUGAAAUUCUAAAUAGAGUUCAAAGACAAAUCAAAACUCUCAAAUUCGGUAACGUGUAAACUGCGCCCGAGUAAAAUAUCGAUUGCUGUACGUUUUUGCGAAAUAAAAUGUUGCGACGCGAAUUGUUCGGCCAUCGUGACUCGACUGAUGUCGAUAGACACUAUAGCAGUUUAUGUUAUUAUUAUUAUUAUUAUUAUUAUUAUUAUUUAAUAAACGGUCAAUAAGUCGUAUUAUUUACAAGCGAGGUGAUAUUUUCGCAAACCUGGCCUAACCUACCUGAGUUUUACCGGUUGUGGUUGAUUUUUACACAGUCACAUAAUAUUAUGGAUAUCGCGUACGUUAAUGUUUUCGCGAAUGUUGAAUAACGGGUUCGGACGGAGAAUCACCUCGAAUUGUAUAUUAUAAAACACCGUAAUAACUAAUAAUAAACCGGGCGCAGUUUACAUUAAUAUAAUACUUGUUUGACGCCGGACGAAAAUCCGAACGCAGUUUAAGCACGUCCAGAAUCGCCCUGUGUGUAUGCCCGCGAAUUAUCCGGCCCGUUAUGCCCGCGACACUGUAGAAUGGGCUGUGUCAAUAUUCAAAUAUACCGACCGGUCGCAUGCCACACGAACGCACGCACGCACGCACACACACACACACACACACACACACACGUUACGCGACCGAUUACGAACCAACGCGAAAACCGCCUCGGUGCACCUGCCCGUGACCUUUCGCCGUGUCGCCGUCUAUAUUUAUUAUUAUUUUUAUUGAUAAGAAAAAAAAAAAAAACCAAAAAACAACCUCAUAAUAUAUUAUUACGUUAUACGCGGCCGACCACGGUCCGUUCGCGGCGGUCGUUUCGUAACGUCAAAUCCGUAAAAGUAAAAGAAUAUUCCCGACCGCACUAGUGAAAUAUUAUCAUUCGUGUGCAUACCGCCGCGGUGCCCUAAUGAGCGCGGAUCUCACGCGGAGUGCGCGCGCACAAAACACGGACAUUGUAAUGUUGUUACGAUAUAAUAUUAUGAUACGAUAAAUCGCCGCGUGUUUACUACCCGUGUGAUAACAAAAUUAUACGCGUGUGUAUUGUUGUUGUGGCGCGUGUGUAACGUCGCGGUGUAGCUCGCACCUACACUACACGGGUGUAGUGUAGGCGGCGCGCGCUCCGCGGAUUUCGACAGCCGCGCGGCAGUAGUCCGUGUACAGCCGUAUUCGCCCUCGCUGCGGCGAUUACAGUAACAACAUACGUAUUGUUAUCGUCCAAUAUUCUCACCGCGAUAUUUACCGUUAUGUAUUGUAAUUAUUAUUGUUGCCGGUGUCGAAACAAUAAUACUAUUAUUACACCACGACGCGUAAAACAACAUUGCGGAGCGCAUCGGUGGCGAACCCGAGUGGUCGGGUGAGGAGGAUUUCGAGUCCGGACCCUCCGUAACGGGUAGUAAACCAUUUUGUAAACGCUUUUUAUUAUUACUGUAACGGUAUUAUCUGUCGGUUGCCAAUUUUACCGUGUAAUUGUAUAAUUAUUAGAGAACAAAUAUAGACGCCCCCCCUCCACCACUACCGUCCGGGUAAAAAAUUCCCGGGUACGCUACUGAUGCGCGAACCGGAAUCGGAAUCCGCGGAGCAGCUAUAUAGCGGACGGGGGGAUGUACCAGGAGGGAAGGAGGCGGUUUGAAAAAGUUUGUUCACGCCGCACAAGCCCGCGACGAGACGACAGUGCAAACGAAUGGAUAAAGCGGACGACGGUGGUGUAAUAUUAUUGCUGGAGACGGGAGAGAACGGAUCGCUGCUGAUUAGAACGGUUCAAUUAUUAUUGUCGUGUAGGUUUUUAUUUUUUUUUUUUUUUAUUAUUCAAUUUAAUAUUCUUUUUCGUCGUGUGGCAAUCGCGGUCCUCGAUUGUGUCCGCGCGGAGAGCGUGCGUCUUGGCCGUACAGCAACAGUAACGUGUAAUAAUUCGUAAACAGAUAUACAAUGCUCGUGAUAUUAUAACGUCACGUCGUCGUUAUUACUGUGUACGCGAUUACCCACCGGUUAUGUGUAACCCGUAUGGUUCGUAUAAUAAUACAAUGUACCACACAAUAUCACAAUACGUGUUAUUAUUGUACGGAGACGGUCGUGGUGUCUACUGUCUGCAUAUGUAAAAAAAUAAAUAUUUUCCGGCCCGGGGGGUAGGGGGCGAAGGAGAGAGUUCGCUCCGUUUUGAAUUGUUAGCGGGCGCGGGACCGUUUGUGGGAGUCUGCAGUAUGCGGGAUUGUUGUCGCGUGUAAUUCGCCGGGAAGAAAAUAAAACCGUCCUGAAAUCGAAACUAAUAGGUUUUUUUCUCCAAACCAUUUUUCGUUACGGCGCAAUGUGCGAAACAAUAAUAAUAUCGACGGCCGAGGCAGAGAGUGGAAUGUAAUAACAAUGUACGCGCGCGACGCGGUUUCACGAAUUUCCAAGCUAGUCGAAAUUUCACGGCCGGCAAAGAAAUCUCGAGGGUCCCGCCCGUCCCCUACAUACGCCGCUGUGCGGAGGUAUGCGCGCGGUUCACGCCGCAAGAAACGCACCCUUGUUCCUGACGACGACGCCCCUUGUCCAGUCGCAAUCGACACUCGACAGUAGCUAAACGACAGCAAUUGCAUACGAUUAUUCAGGAUAUUACAAAUAUUAAUGAACCGAGAAAACCCGUAAAGAUUCGUCUACGCUCGGUAUUAGAACGUGAAAAAGCCAAAAGAAAAGCAGCUCAUUGAUGUCUUCCGCCCCUCCCUCAAAAAAAAAAAAAAAUAACUGCACAGGGCCCGAGCCUACAGUCUAAGCGGGGGAAAACCGAUUUAUCCUCCGGCGGAGACGGACCGUCGGCGAAGUCGCCACCGACUCUGUGUUAUCCGUUAACGAGUAAACAUAACCGUGUACGCGAUUACGUGUCGUCCCGUACGCCACGCCACGGGGACCCGCGCUGCCGAACAAAUGUUCGCGAAACACGGUCAAUGACGGCCGACCCGGUGCGCGGUACACGCGAGUACCGUAAACCGUUUGGUAACAUUCAAAACUCGUUUCGUGCCACGUAAAUUAUACAAUCUUUGUCGCUUCCUUUUUCUUUCUUUUUUUCCCCCUACAAAAUGUUAUAGCCUCCGCGCAAUACGUGCCCGGCUUGUCUUCCUCUCCGUCUGUCUCCGCGACGACAUCAAACGACUCGAAUCCGUUUCGUCGCCGGUCGUAAAUUGUAUACCCGUUCGCCAUUUGACGACGUUAUACACGAACGUGUGUAUUUCUUAUGUACGAUAUUAUUGUUAUUGUAUCGCGGACGGCAAUUUCUCGUGUACACACGCACAGUGAAACCUCCGGACAGACGCAAACAGACUCUCCCCGCCCGGCCAAUAGGUAACCCGUCGAUUUCUGGUUUUGCGUAACGACGGAAAAUGAACGACAGUGUCGCCACCAACGUGCCUGUUUUCCGUUGUUCAGCGGAAACACGUAUACCCCGCGGUUCGGUUAAUAGCGAAAGGGCGAAUCAAACGAAAGCGGCUAAACAAAUCGGAAACAUUUAACAUUACGUGGGCUUUCGGAUGUUACGCAGCAAUGGCCGAUGGCCGACGAAAACAAUUUCUGCAUUGACGUGAUUCCGUUUGCGCGGGCAGUGAAAAGACGACGGCGACAAAUCGUUCACGACCGGACGAACCCGACAAACGACGGCGACGCGGCGACGUAUUCGUAACAUCGCCGUGAUGUCCCCGGCCGAGCUGUGCGCGCGGUUUGAGAUCCAACACGCCGUGUGGUCCGGACGACGAGCCCGGGCUGGGAUGGGGCGCUGCAAAUACUCGUCCGUCGGUCGGUGACGGCCGGGAUCCGGCGCGCGGCAGCUGCUAUCCGUUUUGAAUUGGCCGAAGUUGAAUUCCUGUCGCCGCCGCCGGGACGUACCGUAUUGUUACGACACGCCGGUGUCCACUUGUAUUUCGCCCAACUUUUCAUCGCGUAGCGUAUUAACGUGCGUAUCUGUUUCGAUGUGCGCUUCGAAAGAUUCGCGCCAGUACUAAAUUGUGCGCCGAAAUCCGUGUACGUGCCAAUCAAUGCACCCGCGGUGACUUCUCGACGGACGUUUCAUAUAUUAAAAAAAAAAAAAUACGAAAAAUCAAUAUUACAACGUUUGUCCGUGAACGCUGUCGUGUUUAAAUCGCGUUUGAAAAUGUGCUGCCCAUUUACGCUCGUAAUCGCGAAAAUUUGAAUACAAACCGAGUAAAAUAACCGAGGGCGUAACAUCACUCCGUCCUAUUGACCGCGUGUCGCGUGUUCAUUAGGACGUACUCGUAAUGUCGUGUAUUUUUCGCCGGUCAAAAAGUUUUUUGAAUAAACAACAAACGCUUACUGUUUCUCGAAACUAAUACGCGGAACAUUUAAAUACGUUUAUCGGUCAAUUAUCGCAAGCGUAGAUCGUGUCGUGCAGCAGCCAGCAGUCGGAUUAAUCUACGCGCGCACAAACAUAAUUAUGUUAUGAUGUCACUGAAAACUCAACGGUUACAGCUUACCAGCGUACACGCUCUGAUAAACGCCGUCGUCGCACGGCUAAUCGGCAUACGAUAAUAAUAGUUCCGUACACUAUAAACUCGUAAAACGUAUUCGAUUUGGUUUUUUUAUGCUGCGAUUAAAUGAAGAAAAAAAAUACGAAUUAGAAACCGUGUUGACAUGGCAAUAAUAUUGUGUUGUGACAAACGACGAGGCCCCGUAUACGGGAUUUAGUAAAACGGUUUUAAGAGCGUCCGCGUUGCCCCCACGGUGUUCCGUAUAGGCGCCGAGUGUGUGGCACACCUGAUUACCUAACUUGAUAACGUCGCGUUAUGUUUCUCGAGUUUGUUUACCGUGUUCGUGUCCUCGCGAGGAUCUAUAAGGAAAGCUCCACAUCCCACCCCCUCCGCUCCUGUCUAAUUAUAUCGCACAUAGCUCGAUCGUAUUGCGCAAUAUUAUAUUACGACGGUUUUACUGCGAAUACGAUCGUAUUAUCGAUAGAAAAUCGUUUUGUAAAACACGGACGGAUUAUUGCGAUGUCACGGCGGUUAAGUGUAACCGCCUUACGGCCGGACAACGUGUGUACAUAAUAGAAAACGCCAUAAAUAUAACGUCAAAUCAUAACUUUUUAUGAUGGUGAUUAUAACGUAACGAUUACAAUUUCUAGACGCGAGUCAUACGCAAAACUGACGGUUCCCCUUUCCCUUCCUCCCGUUUACCGGGCGAAGAAAACGGCACCCUUGUCGACAACGCUGUGCGGAAAAAGAUUCCGCAGCGGUUUUUUUUUUUUUGUUUUCCUGGAGUAGGUUUCUGGUGGGAAAAAAUAAUAACAACGGACAUAGUGGAACCAAUGCAUUCCUAUCGUUUCGCUCAAUACGAAAACUUACUUGAUCAAAUAGUUUUCGUCGGUUUUUCUAUACUGUUUUAUGUAUAGUAUAUAGGUACGAUCGGGGGCGACUCGAAGGAGGUAUAUUUGAAUCGCGCAAUUCACAAAAAAAAAAAAAAAAACGAGCGGGCGGGUCCGUGGGUGCCCGAGUGUUCGAAAAUAUAACAAAAAAUAUUAUGUUUUUACAAAUCAAAAGUCAUUAAAAGAAUGUCAGACUGCGGACAUUUAGAUAAGUUUGACGAAUUUUAUUGAAAUUUAACAAAUUAAAUAGGUGAUUUGGGGUAAAAAAAUACUUCGCGCCGCCACCGGGUACGAUUUUAUACUGCAGUUAUGCGACGAUCCGUUAGUUUGCCGGUGAUAGCCUUUUGUUGUGUUUUUUUUUUUUUUACUUUUCACUGUAAAAACCCGCGGAGCUGCUCGGAGGAUGGUCCCGGCCGUUUCGCAAAUUCCGCGUAAAACCUUGGCAACAAUUAAGUAUUAUUUCAGCCGGUCAAAUCAAAAACUAUAAUAUUAUUGAGUUCCUCGCGCGUAUACGACGACAAUGAGGCCAUUGCCGACCCGCGUCGUGUGUCGGCGUGUGUAGUUGACCGCAUCAGUCGAUCUAUUUUACAAAAUUGCACCUAUUACGCAUACGAGUGCAUUAUAUUUUAUGUAUUAUAGUAGUUACAUGUACUUUAUAGUGAUUUGAUAUCGUCUUCGUCACGUCGUCGUCAUACGAAAAAAAAAAAAACAGAAUUAGGUCAAACGCUGUUACAAAAUAUGCUAAAUAAAAUAGCACGUGUCGUUUUUUUUCCCUUUUUUUUCAGCAUUAUUAUUAUGGACACCUACUAUUGAGUACGGCGAAACACGUUUGGGCCACUAAUAAAACUGCAACCCGUUUGGACCCAUAAUUUUAAAUUUCUAUAAAGGCUCGUUAAAUAAACGUUCAGUUAAACUACGGAAACUAAUUUUUAAAUUAAGUAACAAGUAAAUUAUUUAGGUUUACAUACAUUGUCUGUGUAUUAAUUUAGUUUUAAAACAUAUCAAAAAUCCAGUUAUAUUAAAUAUAUACCUAUAACUUUAUAUCAUAGAUAUCCGUGUAUCGAUUUCUUAUAUACGAUAAGACAACACAGAUAAAAUACUAACGUUCAGUUAAACUAAAAUAAGGAAAAUUCUGAUCCGAACGGGUUGUGUUUCAGAAAAAUUGGUCCCAACGGGUUCUGCCCAUUGAGUAGGUAUCGAUAUCCGAUCACUGUUAUUAGGGUAUCUGUAUCCCUAUCUAUAUAUACAUGUUUUAGAUUCUAGAUAGAGUAGAGCGAGUUUUUGGUAUUGGUUUUACAAUAAUGUUUAUUUUAAUAGUUUUUUCUCUCUGAACAACUUUUCUACCAGCAAUUUCGCUCCGAUUGACAAACAUAGCACAUUUUCCGAAAGAAAAUCUGACUGUGGUGGUCAUUUUUCCAGGAGUUUUCCCAAUAAAUGGAAAAAACCUAGAAAAAACACUGAAAAAUACGUAGGAAAACAGGUACAAUAUGUUAUUAAAGAAAAUAUAUAAUGCAUAUGUAAUUAUAUUACCAUAAUACUAAGUAUAUAUUGUUGACAAAGCAACACUAUCAAUCGAACUCCGUUCAGAAUCGUUUUUUCAUUAGCAAUGGUUAAUCGUCGUGUACAGAUAUACAUUAAAUACAUUUUCGCUCUACUAUGCUUUCCCAACUUCUUACCUACAACAGUGACUUACCUACGUGUGAAAUAUGUCAGUCUUUUUUUUUUGUCCCUAUUCUGCUUUUUCAAUUGAAAUAAUUUACCUACGGUUAAGAGGAAGAUAAAAUACAGAGUAUAGUCACGUAUAUAUCACGAAAAUGUGAAAUAUUUCAAAGCAAAAUAAUCAAACCUUCGUGUUACACCAUGAUUAUAAAUUAAUCAUUACCGUUAUUGUAUACGAUAUUAUAAUAUUAAAAUUGCAUUUCCACGUUCAGAGUGUGUACGUCAAAUAAUUUAUUUUCUAAUUUUUAUUUAUAUGAAAAUAAAAAUGUAUUAACCCUAAAUAUUAAUAUGUUUUUAUUUUUUGUAUUUUCAGAGGGACGAGUGGAGGUGAGCAGAGAAAACAAAUAUUUAAGUACUAUGACCUCUGGAAAAGUUUUCGGAGAAUUGGCUAUUUUAUACAAUUGUAAACGUACCGCUACGAUUAAAGGUAAAUAUUAUGAUGUUGUUUUUUAUUGUUUUAGUUUUAUUAGAGCUUAUACAAAUAUCCGUGUAAAUGCGACUCCUGAGAAAAAAAAAUAAUUAUAGGAAACAAGUGUAUAGUUGAAACAGAAAGCUUAAAGUAGUCUUAACGUUUUUACUGACUCAUGAAUGAUGCCGGCUAGUCGUAAUUUCCAUCAGUACUAGACAAAUCAUUGUAUUGGUUUUUAAAUUCAUCUUAAAAACAAACUGCAUAUUGUUAAUAAAAAAAAAAUAAUAAUACAUUCGAUAUUAAUUGCUUCGAUGAUAUGCCUCACUUUGUACCAACAUCAUAUUUAAUUCCCCGCCUAAAUUAAUUCGUACUGUAUCGGACCGUUUUUUAAUUAAUAAACCGAUCUGUAUAUUGUUGGUUUGGGGUCGAAGUUCCUUCCGAAUGCAAACUAGAAAAUAUAAUCUAGUUAAAAAUAUAUUAAACAUAAAUGUUGUACACUCUGCAAAUCGGAAGUAUUAAUAUUUUUUUGUUAAAAUUUAAAAGGAAAAUAAAAAUCACGAUACCCUAGUAAUAUAAUACUGUAAUUAAAAUAUGUUUUGAUGAUUCGUAUUUAAAAUCAUAAAAUAUAAAUAUAUGUAAAAAAAAAAAGUACCAAUAAUACAAAAACAGUUGAUAUUGCAUCAUUUUUUUUCCAUCGAUUUUUAGUGCCUUAUAUGCAAAAUUUAUUUAUAAUCGUACACUUUUUUAUUUUUUAUAUAUAUAUAUCGCCAACCUGGGAAACUAACAAUUCGUAGAGUAUUUUUUAGGACUAUUAAUUUCAACGAUAUAUUUAAUUCGAAUUGUUGAACACGAUUAAAAUUUUGCGUUUUAAUAAAAUAAUAUUGUAUUACUCGUAUUAAUUAUUAAAUAUUCUCACUUUUAUUUUAUCUUUUUGUAACAAUUUCAAUUAUACACCUACUUAGAGAAUAAGUAUGUAUUGCAGUAUAAUAAAUAGGUACUUAUUGAAUUAAAUUUUUAUUAUUGCAGUAAUUGACGGAUUCUAAAAAAAAAAAAAAAAAUGUUUAAUUAAACAUAAGAAGGUGUUUUUCAUGGAUUAGAAUAUAAUUACCUACCUCUAUAAAACAUAAUAUUAUGUUUAAUGAGCAUAAUAGUUCUAUGCAUUAUUGCCAUAGAAAAUUAUGUAGUUAUCUAGUAUAUACUUGGCCACGAUUAUAUUCUAGAUUUCUUUAUACCUAAUAUGAAUCGAAUGUUAAAAUAUUUUAACUGUUCGAAAUAUCCGCCAUUGUUGUGUUAAGACUGCUUGCAAAAUUAAUACCAAUAACAAUUAUAAUACCACGUAUAUAUAUAUAUUUUUUUUCCACAUCGGAUUGUCGUAAUAUAUAUAUAUCAGUGUUUCCCAAAGGGGAGAAAUUCCUCCCCCGGAAGGAAUAUUCAGAUACUGGGUGAAAGGUAAUAUAUAGCGACGAUAAAAUGUAAGAGUAGAAUUAAAAACAACAAUUUCAUAUUUUCAAUUAAUGGGUGAAGGUAUGCGAUUUUUGAAAACCAAUAUACAAGGGAGGCGUAGAAUAAAAAAAAAAAAUUGGGAAACACUGAUAUAUAAUAUAUAUUAUAAUAUUGGUAUCAUCAGCGAUACUUUGAUUAUUAUUAUUAUGAAUUAUUAAACAUCUGAAUCAUCUGAUUAAUUGUUUUUAUUUUUUCUGUGUCGUUUGUUUUGAUCAUUAACCACACCAUUUAAAUUUAUUAUGAUGACGGACACAAAUCUACUAGUAUAGUCUUAGCGGUCCCAACCAUGUGGACUUGUGUUUUUCAUCAGUUCAGACCGCUGGUCGCAGUGACGUUUUAUAUUUACGCAUUUUUUUAUUGGUUACUAAUUGAUAAUAGAACGACAUUUCUCUUCCUCACUUUGUGUAAAAAAAAAAAAAAAAAAAAACUAUAUCAAUUGUUUAGUAUUGCGUUAAUAUUAUUAUUAUUAUUAUUUAUUUUUUUCAGCCGCUACGGACUGUAAGUUAUGGGCUAUCGAACGACAAUGUUUCCAAACUAUUAUGAUGAGGACUGGUCUUAUAAGACAAACGGAAUACACAGAUUUCCUCAAGAGGUGAAUUAUUACUGUUAUUAUAAUUGCGCUAUAACUAAAUUCCACUAGUACCCAUGCUGAAAUGUGUUUUUUUUUAAAACAUUGUAUUUUAUGCUUUCAGUGUUCCGAUUUUCAAAGACCUUCCGGAAGAAACUCUAAUAAAAAUUUCGGACGUUCUUGAAGAAGUAAACACACUAUACAUAUUACUCUAAGUUAAAUAAUUUUGAUUGUUUUAAUAUUAUUACACAAAAACGAAUUUUUCAGACUUUCUAUAAUGCUGGAGACUACAUAAUAAGACAAGGGGCUCGAGGUGAUACAUUCUUCAUUAUUAACAAAGGAAAGGUGAAUAAUAUUAUGUUUUAUUUUUAACAAUGUAUUACAUAUAUUAUAAUAUGUACUCUGAUAUAAAAAGUAUCGUAAAAUUACAUUUUGGUCAUGAAUUUUUUUCUAGGUAAAAGUGACCAUAAAACAAUCAAACAGCACUGAAGAAAAAUACAUCCGAACUCUACAGAAGGGUGAUUUCUUUGGCGAGAAAGCGUUACAAGGGUGUGUACCUAUUAUACAUAUGUAUAUAUAUUAGAUCAAUUUUCAUAAUUAAUUAAUUAAUAACAAUGUAUGUACUUGAAUGUACAUUGAAUUACAGCGAUGAUUUACGGACAGCAAACAUAAUUGCUUGCGAUCCUGAUGGUGUAUCCUGUUUAGUUAUUGACCGAGAAACAUUCAAUCAACUGAUAUCUGGACUGGAUGAAAUUCGUACCAGAUACAAGGAUGACGAUGUUUUGGAACGAAUGAGGUAAUUGAUAUAACUCUGUCAUCAUAUUAUCAUAAAAAAAAUUAUGAUAUUAUUUAUUAUAAUAAUAUUAUGAGUCAUUUAAAAUAUUUAAGGUUAGGAUGUAUGUUGUCAAAAUAUAUUUUAUCAAUCAUAUUUAAUUACAUUUACCUAAUAUUCACCAUUUUCACUUACAUGCAUUUGUCCUAGGCUCUUGGUAAGCUCAAGUACGAUUACGUGUAGUUGGUACAUUUUUUACUUUUGGUAUGAAAAUACCUAGUGUGAAAUUAUACAAAACUAAAAUUUUAUGCAUGUUGCAUGAAUUAUUUCUUCAUUAUAUUAUGAUCAAUCGUUUUUGUAAUUUUUUAAUGAAUAAAUUGUAGAUAGUAAAACUGCUGCAAACAUGUAGUUUUUGUAUAAUCCAAUAAUUGUUUAUUAUUACUUACCAGCUCUACAAACAAGGAAUUCCAGAACUUGAAACUUUCGGACCUCCAAGUUUUAGCCACAUUGGGUGUGGGCGGUUUCGGUCGUGUGGAACUUGUUCAAGUCAACCAGGAUACAACCAGAUCAUUUGCUUUAAAACAGAUGAAAAAGAGUCAAGUGAGCACUGCAAUAUUAUUUUUUUUAAAAAUUGAAAAGUUAGUGUAUUUCUCUAUACAUUUUAUAACUAAUAUCUCCUUUUACAGAUUGUUGAAACAAGGCAACAGCAACAUAUUAUGUCAGAAAAAGAAAUUAUGGGCGAAGCUAAUUGUGAAUUCAUAGUUAAGCUGUUCAAGACAUUUAAAGACCAAAAAUAUUUAUAUAUGCUGAUGGAGUCUUGUCUUGGAGGAGAAUUGUGGACUAUAUUAAGGUAAAUAAUACUAAAUAAAUGUUUUCUGUAUUGUGAUUCUCUUCCUUUUUUUUUAAAAAAACAUUUUUAAAAGUAGCAUUUUCAAAAAAAUUCAUUCAAAAACUGUAAUUAAAUGUUUGUUUCAAAAUAUUAAAAAUUCUAUAUGAGCAACUCGUUGGGGAUUCAAUUCGUAAUCUAGCUUUAAUGUGCAGACGGACCUCUUUCCCGUUUUUUAAUGAAAAUGUACAGACCUUUGCGCGUGGUUCAGCUAUAGAUCACGCACAAAUACUUAUUUUUAUUAUUAUAAGUUUAAAUUAAAUAUAGUGCAGAAAGUAUUUAAAAGAUAACAAAAUAUUUUAUGUGUCCAAUUAUUGACAAUAGUUUUUGAUGAGUUUUAUGUAAAUAAUAUGUACUAAGUGAGGGUGUAUAGAAGGUUCAAAUGGAUAUCUGAAGUAACAUAGAAUCUUUGUCAUUUUAUGACUAAUAGUUAAAUUUAAAAAUCUAUGUAGUAUCAUUUGAAGUAAAUGUAAUUCUUAUUUUAGAUUCUGAAUGGAACGAGGAACUUAUUGGUUUUACAAUGAUAUUUAUUUUUUAUUUUUUUUUUUUUAUGUGAACACUUUUUUACUAGAAAGCAUACUCUGAUUAUCAAAUAUAGCACCUUUUCUGAAAGAAAAUUUUCUAUGGGUGAUACUUUAAAGAGGUCAUUUUUUUAAAUUCUCAUUAAUAUUCAAGAUAAUAAAUAAACUUUGAUUUUUAAGUUAAAAAAUAUUGAAAGAUUAAAAGUAAGGUUGUCAUUGGCAACCGUUUUUAAUUAUUUUUUUGUUAUUAUUAAGUUUUAAUUAUUUUAAUCAUUUUACCAUAAUAUGACAUAUUACCAUAUAUUGUAUCACUGACAAAGCGACAUUAUCAACUGAACUCGGCUCAGAAUCUUUUUUUUUUUGUUAGCAAUAGUUUAUCGUUGCUUACAAAUACACGUUGAAUUCCCAUCUGUAGCCUACCUUCCAAACUUCCACCUACCACAGUGGCUGCACCCACGUGCACAGUAUGCUUGUCCUUUUUUAUUUAUAGAAUGUCUAGUUUAUAACCUUCAAUAUUCUUUCUUAAUAUAUAUUUAUCAUUAUAGUAUAUUUUAGCAUAUAACUAAUACUGUUUUUUUUAAUUACAGAGACAAAGGACAUUUUGAUGAUUCUACCACACGUUUCUACACUGGUUGUGUUGUUGAGGCCUUUGAUUAUUUACAUUCUCGCAAUAUAAUCUAUCGAGAUCUAAAACCUGAAAACUUGCUCUUGGACAUUAGUGGUUAUGUGAAAUUAGUUGAUUUUGGUUUUGCUAAAAAACUACACGUUAGUAUUUGUGAAAAUUAAUAAUAUAUUAUUUAUAUAAAUGAUAAGAAAAUUAACACAAAUUUAUUAUUAGAAUGGAAGAAAAACCUGGACCUUCUGUGGAACACCAGAAUAUGUUGCACCUGAAGUGAUUCUCAAUAGGGGACAUGAUAUAAGUGCUGAUUACUGGUCUUUGGGAGUACUUAUGUUUGAACUACUUACUGGUAUGCAACUUUAUUUAUUCAACUCAACAUUUUAUACUUACACCUGAAUAUUUGUUACUUCGAAUUAUUGAUAGCACCACAAAUCAAAUUGAAUUGAUGUUAACAUUUUAUUUUGCAUGCUAUUAAAUAUUUAAAUUGUUUUAGCUAAUAUCUUUGCUAUAUAUUAUAAAUGUUUAAUAAAUAUUUACAAGUUUUUAUGAAAUUAGCGUUGAACAUUGAAUGCAUUAAAUAAUAAAUUGUUUUCUUAGCAUAUUUUUAUAGUAGUUGCAAUAGAAUGAGAAUGCAUAAUAGUUAACAAUCUGUAUGUUUCUACAUUCAUCUAUGAUGAUAUUAGUAGCAUUAUUGGUGGUCCUUUUUCAAUAAGAAAUCCCUAAUGUAAUCUAUAAUGAUAACCUUCCGAGUUAAAAAGAUGUUUUGAAUGAUGUGAUCGAUUUGUUAUUAUUUUUUACUAUAAAUAUUACUUUAUAUUUGAUAAUAUCCGUAUCAAUUUCACAAAAAAUACCGGGAAUUAUGUUCCUUUAAAAUUUUAUUCUGUCACCACUGAUGUUAUUAGAAAAUACAAAAGAACAUACAACAUAUAUUAUUAUGAUGUAACUUUUUUUAAUAUUAUUGUUUUAAUUUUAGGUACACCGCCGUUCACUGGAGCAGAUCCGAUGAAAACUUAUAAUAUUAUUCUAAAAGGAAUAGAUGCAAUAGAAUUCCCGAGAAAUAUUACAAGAAAUGCUAGAGUUUUAAUUAAAAAAUUAUGCAGGUAUGUCUUCUAUAUUUAUAAUUUAAGAAAAAAACAAAAAACUAUGCAAAACAGAUGUUUUAAGUACUUACCUAUUAAUAAUUCAAAUAUUUUUAAAUUAUUUAACUAAUCAAAAUAAAUUAUGUGAAAUAAUUUGUAUUAACAAAAAAAAAAGCUGAUUUUAUUCUUAAUGUUUUAGAGAUAAUCCAGCUGAACGACUUACUGAAGUGCAAAAGCACAAGUAAGAUACAUAAUAUUAAAUAAAAUAAUUUAGAAAUUAAAAUGUAAUUCAAAUAAUUUUGUUUUUUUUAGGUGGUUUGAUGGUUUUAACUGGGAAGGUCUACGUAAUCGAAGUCUGACACCUCCUAUCUUGCCAAAGGUGCGUAGUGCUAUAGACACAAGCAAUUUCGACAAUUAUCCACCGGAUGCAGAUAGCCCACCACCAGACGACAAUUCAGGCUGGGAUAUAAAUUUCUAA